CAUUGGGUUUGGGUCAUGUGGGCACAGUGUUUUAAAGCCGGUAAGUUAUAUAAGGGGUGGUCUCACCUGCACUGGGGUGGAGAAGUGAGCCUAGGUUGCCGUAAUGUUUGUUGACCACGCUUUAUGUUCUUUGUUUUGCAAUGAUACACGUCACAAAGUGUGCACAUUUUACAUCUGAUUUGCACGUGUAAUCAUUGGCCAUUGUCGAAGCGUUUUCUGAGUUAUUAAAGCUACAAAACUUGGAUGAACUGUAGGGGGGCUUCUUUGGAACACUAGCAGCGUGUCACACAAAUAUACAGGACCUAUCCUCUGCCUCAAGCGACUUUUUCAAAGGUACUAGGAAAACCGCAAUACCAGGGGUCGAAAAGGUGUGGUUACUUGUUGUUUGGACUCUUUGAACUCAGCAAGAAGAAACAAUAAUCUAGCCUAUGUACCAAAAUAGUGAGCUAAAGGUGCUGUAACUCUUUGUAGAUGUUAGAGGGACUGCACUGAGGUGAUGGUCCUGUGCAACUUUGCCUUUGUAAGUUGGAAAGAUUUUAGGAAAAGUAUAUGCUGUAGCUCUGAAGUCGAACAGGAACUCUGUGAAGUCGAGCCACUGUGUAUAGAAUUGAUUGGAAGGUGUGUUUGAGGAAAACAAAGCUAAUAAUAGAGCUCCAAUACCUGCAGACCUCAGCACUUGGGGGUGUCUCCAGGGGCUGCUUCUCAGAUUGAGGGUCCUCCUGGUGUGGAUGUGCGCGAGUGUGUGUGUGCAGUUUCAGGGAGGGGUGGUGGCAGCAGAGGUGAGCGAUGGUGGUCACUGUUCUGGUUAAGAAUGCUUGCGAGGUACUUUCAGAGAGUUUCAGAGAUGCACUGAUCGAUAAAUGCCUCAAAUAGGGACACAAAUACCUGAACACAGCAUUAAUCUCAAUAGCUGGAUCCUAUUUAAGAAGGAAGCAUUUUGCUGAAUAGAUUGGCUGGAUAGGAACCACACAGAGGUGUUCUGUAAGUGGUUUGAGAGGCCCAAACGCCACUCACUGCCUUCCCCUGUGUUCAUUAGAAUUGCUAAGGAGGGCAGUCAAGACCACAAACACACACACAGAAACACACAACCCCCUAUGGUUAGAUUUAUUUUGUUUUACAUAAUUUAACUUAUCUCUAGGACGCAAACUAGUCUGGUCAACCAAACAUCAUGACAAAUAGAGCAGGCGAGCUGCCACAACAAGACACAACUUUAAAACUUGUCCCAUUAAAUAUUCAUCUUGCAAGUUUUCAGUUCAGAUGAUCAGCCAUUAAAAAGUCAAUCUGAGGACAUGCUUGGCCAAUAAACAGUUCUAUAGAUAUAAAAAUAAACCUUAAAAUGUGACGAGCACAACACAUCAUAGGAAACCCAUAAACACCAAACUAUCCAGUGUUGAAGUUUGUAUUCUGAGGAUGAAGAGGAAGACAUUGACUAAUCUAUCAAAAAUUACUGUUACACUGUAAUAGUCUGGCAUGUGUGCUUACCAGCAUUCACAUUCACAAGCUGUCUUGCUUGCCAACAGAUCAUCAGGUAAUGAAUGGGGACUCAGCUUAGAUUCGUCUUAGGUAACUUGGACUUCACACACAUAGACCGUAUAUAGAACGGACAGCAUCUGUCUCCUUGCUGGGUAAAACCACUCGGAGAAGACCACACCCUGGUGACAGGCUGCAGUAAAAGUCAUAAAUCCCGCCUCCGCCAGCUAUCCUUAUAGGGCUGUUAAUAAAAACUUUAGAAAUUUAUUACUCAGAACAUAAAUUUUUCUCACCCCUGCUUGCGAUGUUGACGUAGUUACUGUAAGACUGGUUUGUGCUCAAGUCCUCUUUUUUCUUUGCUAUUCCAUUUUUAAAAGUUAUUAGGGGGUUCAUGUUUUCUAUGGGUGACACUUGAUACAGCCUAUGGGCGUACGAAGAUUGCAUAGCUCACCUGGGGGCGAAAUUUCUUUUGUAGGAUAGUAGGGGAAAGUCCUGCCUCUUGCGCCUCUGAUUCGCUGGAAGUGCUGGGCUCUAAUUGAUUAUUCCUAAUGGCUGUAAAACUCAUCGUCUGUUGGGUUAGGGUUAGGGUUAGGGUGAGGGUUAGGAGAUUCAGAAGUGCGAUAAUGUUCUGUAAUGUUCUGUCCAAUGUACAGAGCCGACAGCCCGCAUUUGCUUGAGCGUGUGAUGACGUUGCCACCUUUCCUAGCCAGUCAGAGGCGAAGGAGGUGGGACUUUUCCCUACCGUCCUAAAAAAAAAAAAAAAAAAAAAAAUCACCACCAGGGGGGAUAGAGCGUCAUCACAGCGACUCUCAGCAACCCUCCCGCCAAAUGCGCAUAAUUCUACUGCGCCAUGUUGGUUUCAGUAAGUGGAGAGAAAACAUGGAAUUACAGAGAGCUGUUUGGCUUCAAAUCUGCGGAACCAAGUUGUCCAUAGUGUAUACAGUCUAUGGACUUCACACUGGAGACUUAGACUCAAGAAAAUAUUAGUGUACUGAUUCAGUAAUCAGUAUCAUCAUCUUGAUACCAGUAAGAAAUACGUUUUAGAGGGACCUUUCAAACAAGCAAAGUCUUGGUUUAAUUUGUAAUAUAAUAUAUUUAAUAGAAAUAGAAAUAUUGUUUAUUUUUUAUUAGCAACUUAUUAAACCUCCAAGUUUUUAAAAAGAAUAUUCCUGCCCUUCUCUCUUCUGGAUGUUAAGGUGGUUCGCUAUUUUGGGAUGGCAAUCCGGAGUGUGUGUUCACCUACACUCCUUUGUGUCUUUGUCAAUGUGUGUGUGUGUGUGUGUGUGUGUGUGUGUGUGUGUGUGUGUGUGUGUGUGUGUGUGUGUGUGUGUGUGUGUGUGUGUGUCGUCUCCAGGGGAUUUGUUUCCAUGCCCCAGCCGAGUGUAGUGGACAGCUUGCGGCUGGAUUGAUAGAGUGACGUCAGCGCGCCGCUACCUCUCCCCGAGGGCAGGAUUAGUCGGGAGCAGCAGAGACAGCGCUCCGGUAAUCUCCCGGUAAUAAAUGGGGGGAGGCGGGCACGUUCGGAUCCGCCGGCAUCGAGUGAUACCAGAGGCCCCCCUGAGACCCCUGACAAGGAUUCCUGCAUUUGGGGCAAGAUGGGUCGCCACGUGACGCCGCAGCAAACCCACGCACACCGGGCAGGUACACGCAGCAGGUAAGCUGUGAAGACGCAGGGCGAACUCGUCUCAGGAGGAUUUACCUUGACAAGGUGUUCGCAGGCUGCACCGCUUGUCUGUCAACAACUGCUGCUGUUUUAUUUUUACUGCUCGUGUCUGCUUGUGUGUGCGUGAAGGUUGCACCUUGGAGAUUAUGGUUGUUGACAACUUUGCAGUCCCUGAAAUUGCAGGAAAAAUGACGCUUACUUCGACUGACAUUAUGUUUUAUGCUCUCGCUUUUGCAAGAGAGCUUUAGAUUUCACGCACAUAAUCAGUAAAAGCGAAGGUUACAUGCGUGGGUAUCACCAUUGAUGCUUGGAAGGACGAGGAACCCACAUGAACUCUUUCAUCUGUUGUUGACCGACCUACUACAGGGGCAAGGUUAGAGUUAAUGACAGAUUAUCGGAGACAUCAUAGCUGAAUGACUGCCCGAUUUAUGAGCGUUAACUCUCCUCCAUUAAUUAAAUGCUUUGAGAGUUUUUAUCCGACUUCAAGACAGAACAAAACCACAAGAGACGAACAGAAAUAAAACUAAAAACUGGUUAAAAUAGAUUUUUACGCAUAACUGUAUCCACGCUCCAAAACACCAGAGCCCCUGUAAUGACUGUUGUGCCUCUUUUCUUUUUACGCACAAGGCCUAACUAAGCCUAAUUGCUGUGAGUUGCAAAUAAUCUACCCUUGGAUCUUUUUUCCGUGUAGCUCCUUCCAGGAAAGACUUGUCAUGAUCUUAAACGCAACGUAGAGCCACCAACUCUGAGCGUUUAUGGUUUGGUUGUCACCUACUUGGCACCUGCUCCUAAAUAGCCAGAUAACACCCAUUAUGCACCGUUUAAAAGGGGCUGAUGGAGGCUAAAACCCACAGGCUAAUUUGUAUCCGUUGUGUUACUUUUACCACUGCCGGUUGUCACUCUUAAGUUUACUGCUCGUAUUUUGCAGAUCCGUGUGAGAUCAGUGCGCGCAGAGGGGAGAGAGAAGCAGCUCAUUAGGUCUAUUAAUUACAGAGGGUUGGCUAAAAUCUAUGCACUUCUUGUUUGUAGUUGUUUGUGAGUGAGAGAGUUGAUGCACAUGAAAUUGGCAGCGACUGCUCCAUGAAGAGAAACAAAAGAGGCCAAAGAAAGUUUUGGUUCUGCAUCACUUGGACAGAACAGUGCAGGUAUUUGGCUGUGUGUGUGUGUGUGUGUGUGUGUGUGUGUGUGUGUGUGUGUGUGUGUAGGCGCUGCACUGACUCGGGUUGGAAGAGACAGUAACACUACCGGACACAAGAGGGGGGUGGGGAAGGGGUGUGGGGGUGCACUUCGCGAGAGGAGAGAGAGAGAGAGAGAGUGAGGGACAACAGUGUAGGUUGGAGAUACUCGAGGAUACUCGGCGGAUGUUUCCUGUGUGAGCAGCACUCAGGCUCUCCGCUCUGCGUCUUUACGUCCAGAGAUCAUCCACUCCUGAUCCCUCCUUCACGCAUUCUCCCGCUUUCUGUGUUUGUUUCUUCUUUUCCCCUCCACACACAGCAGCGUCACCUGCGAAGCCACAGCGGAGGACAGCGGACACUUUGCCGACUGACAGACUGAGAGACACCUCUGUGUACUUUCACCAUGGAGGAGAGCCGGGCAGAGUAACUUGACCGCAGCUUUUACAGUACCCAGACCUGGCUGUCAAGAGAGGAGAGCGGUGUUCACAAUGAGCCGUUAAAUUCCUGCCGCCGAUGCUUUCUUUGGAGAGUGGAUUGACCGUCUCCUAACGCCAGAGGAGACGAGCAGAGAGGCCUUUUACUCGUUUAUUUGAGUCCUCAGAUGGACCGUGUGCCCUCGGCACUGGCCGCUAAGAUGCGCUGGAUCACGCUGGUGCUUGCCGGCUUGACUUUCUGGGGCAAAGUGACUAUUUCUAACUGUUUCGACUACGAGGAGUCAGACUAUGAUUACUACGAGGAGGAUAAAGCGGAGACCAUUGACUACAAAGACCCGUGCAAAGCUGGUGAGUCCCGCUUUUACUCUCUUCUAGUUUUUACAUUAGAAAAAUCAAAGUCAAAAUAAGUAUUUUUGCGCGUGUGGCUCUUUCCUCUUGCGCACUGACUUUGAGUUGGCACGUGUGAAAGAGAUGACAGCGAGUGUGUGUUUGUCUGUGUGUGUGCAUGUGAACACAAUCAACCAGAUGCCCCUGUUUCCCCCACCCAUCACAACCGAUAAGUCAGCACCGGUGGUGAUUCCGCUGUCGGAUGCCACGUGCAACCCAGUGACGGUCCUGCUUAAGCCCGUGCCCGUUUGAGGUGCACGCUCUCCUCUUCUGCGCAUGCAUCACCUGUGGGCACAGUUGUGGUUCUUGCUUCUUGCAGAAAUAUCAACAUAAACAGUUUGAGUGCGCGCGCGCCUCUAUGUACAUGCCCAGAUGUUAAGUCAAGCGUCAAGAUGAGAAACAGCUGGACUCGAGUGUACUUUAACACGGGCUUAUGCACACUGUCUCCAGCACACACAUACACACGCACAGGCGGACAGAGUGAUAAAAAUUUUGUUGGACAUUUAAUGACAGGCUGUGGGCUGCUGUGGAACAACUUUGUAACCCAGUUUGGUCUCUUAAGACAAACAGAUGUGCGCACAGAGAAACAGGGAACAUUUACCCCACCGGCUUGUAAAAUCAGUGUCAACAUAUUGUUAUCACUUAUUUGAACUACAGUCUAUAAAAAUUCUGUUUGUUUUUUCAUCUGUAAAUUUGAGGUCUGUGUGUGUCAUGUUUGCUAUGUCUGUGUGCUCCACCCGAAUGAACUCAUGUUUCUGGGGAUUCACUUCAAAUUUAAUGCAGCAUUGGAAUACGUUUUCCAUUUUGCCUGAUACUUCUUGAGUUUUUAUAUGACCUAUAUGACAAGCGUCUGUUUGGGUAGUUCACGUAGUUAUUGUUGUCUUGGUCGGAUGGGUAGUCGUUUUACCGGGUUCCAGUGUUAUACCCAUGUAGUGCUACCAACACGGUGAGGCAGGCUGAGUUCAAUCACCAGAACCAGGUCUAUUGUCAUCUUUCACUUUCACAUUCUUAUGUUUAAGUGUGUCAGUCAAAAAGGACACUUUUAACAAUCACCACUCUCCAGGCACACCAUGUAGCGAAGCUCAACCAGCAGUGAGGAUUAUUGCCGUGUGUUAACCUUUCACAGUACAUCAGCAUCAUUCCUGCAGAGCAGGUGGAGGAAUCAGCCCUUCCUCUUGUGUUUGUGUAAGAAAGAUGUUGCUGAGUUGUAUAUCUUAUGUGCAUUUCCUCUAUCAAGGUUUUUGUAAUUGUUAUUAUGAUUACUGACUAUGUGUGCCAAGUAGAUGCAGAAGAAGGCUGUGGCAAGACAACGGUAUUGACAAUAACUUCUGUAACAAAGGGAAUAAAACAUGGACAUCAUGCUAAAAAUAAGCAUUCGACAAUACCCCUAACUUCAGAGUAGUGGCUCUUUACCAGGGGUGGGCAUUUAAUAUUUACAUGGGGCUACAUGAGAAACCUGAAGUGUGUUGGAGGGCCGAACAAAUAAUAACUUCAACUUCAAAUCAGGGGGGUUCACACAUACAGAAAAGCAAGCCCUAAUAAGCAACUACGAGUUAAAAACAAACCCAAAAGAAACGCACCCGCGACUCAUGAGUUUUUCAAGCGACUUCUGAGAAAAACAAGCCUAAAGUUGUUUAUAAUAAGCGGACUUGGCAACUAUAAGGCGUCUACGUAUAUUUUGCCGAUUUUUAAACUUGUCUCUGAUGCAGAACUAGGAUGUACGCACGUGCGUCCAAACGGAAAUAAAACAACGGCUAGGUUUUCCAAAUAAAAGCAACACACUUGUAUAGCAUGUUGAUAAUUUGAUUGACAGACCUCACAAACAGCCGGGCAGGGACAUCCAAAGCGCCGGAUGUGGCCCCUCGGGCCGUGGAAUGCCCAGGUCUGCUCUUUACGGUGGUUGCCACAUGUCAUGAAACAGUGGACAGACGACGAAGUAUCAGACUGCUUUGGGUCAUAGGGCUGAUGAUAAAUCAAAAUAUGAAUAUAAAUCAAAGUGGACAAUGACAUGUAAGUCAAUUGUGUUUAUUUGUCUGUUAAAUCUAUGUAGUAAACUUGUUGCCCUUCCCCUGGCUCACAUUUCCUCAAUUUGUCCGAUUUUGCUGUCAAAUUUUACAUUAAUAAUGUAAUGAUAUUGUUAAUGUGAUAUUUAAUAGCCAUGAUAAUUGUGUGGUGAAAAUCUGAGGUCGUGACAGCCUGUUGGUACAGGUUCUUGUGCACAUAACCUCUUUAUGUACUUAUUCAUGGCCACGCACUAAAAUACAGGAACACCUAUGUCACUAGUUUGUCUUAAAUGGCACUUUGCAGCCUUAAUGUUGUCUAUGAUGACACGAUGGACUGAUAAGAGCUCUGCCCAGAAUGCUGAGCGUCCACACGCUGACUGACACACAUUCCUCUCAUACCAAAUACACAAACCUGACAACCCUGCCUGGACACUGGCCAGCAUGUGUGUGCGUGUGUGUGUGUUUUGUGUGUGUGUGUGUUUUUCAUGUGCUUGUUACACUGAUCUCUGUGUAGUUGAUUUUAUGUUGAUACAGCAAUCCCAUGACUCUGUGGUUUUUAGUUAUGCUGAGACCUUACCAAGUGUUUGUGUGUGUUUGGACUGAAGCCUGGCAGGUAACAGGGAGACAGUCAGUCUGCAUGUGUUUGAGUAACUUGGUGACUCUCGAAGGUUGAAAUAACUGAGUGAGAAAACACGGGCAUCGUUUUUAUUUUCUGCAAACAUCUCCGAACAUAAAGCGUGCCUUCAUAUGCACUCUCUUAGAUCUCUCAGAGUAAAUCCACAUGCAAAGACUCACGUUUUUAGAGCUGCGUAUAUAAACAUGAGCAAACAUGUGUGUGUUUUAUCAAACCUUUUAUUUCAUCAUGAUAUUUUUAAGGGCCACUUUGGCUUUCCGAGAUAGCUGACAGUAGAGCAACUAGGCAGGCAAAGAAAAUGCGGCAAAGUCUGAGGACUUAAACUAGAACAUCACAUUUACAUAUUAUGCAUGUUGUGUUCAGAUUAAAUGCAAAUAAAAUGUCGGUCUGGCUUUAUUCAUUUUUAGCUCAACUGCUGGAGUGCAGACCUAGUUUCAAACAAUCAAGCAAACAACCAAGGACAUUUUUAGGAGCAUCCAGACAGCUUGAACAUGUAUGUGUGUCAGAUUGAAAAACGUCUAACUCUCCCUUGUUUUUUUUUGCUGCUCUAGCUUUAGCUGUUCAUGAUGGAGUCAUUCGCCUCGGCACUGCCCUUUAUAUCAGUUAAGAUCAUACAUUUUUAAAUCAAGCUCAUAAUCCUCUUGACUGGUGACACCCGCUACAAUCAAUUCAGUCAACAUUUGUCUGCUUCCCUGUGGUGGAGGGAUUAUUUGCAGAUUUUAAAUCUUUUCCUUGUCUAUUUAAGUCAGGAAUAAAGCUGGAAAAACUGCAGGUUUUCGCACUGAUUCUGGUGUGUCUUAGCAGGAGCAACAGAAUAUCUUAAUACUUUCAGUUUUGUUUUGGAUCAAACUAAAACUAAAACCUAGUGCGAGGUUCACUCUAAAUCUGGUGCAUCUUCAGGAAGCAAAAUAAAAUAAAAAUAAUGAUAAAGAUUCCCACCCCAAAAGACCUUCAGCUCUUUUAAUGUGCCCAAGCGGUGUCUGUUGUUUAUUCUUCCACUAAAAACUCUUGCAGUGGGGUAGAUGUUCAUGACAGCUUCCCUAAAAGUGAGAGUGAUACUUCUUGAUUGCCCUCUACAGAAGUCACUGCUAGUUUAAGAGCACUUGAUUUGAUAUGCAUUAAACUUUAUCAGCCGAGGUAGCACACAUUUCUACUGUCAAAAUCACCAUCAGUCAUGUUUUGUCAAUGUUGCUAGGGCCAGAGUCAGAGUCGAUGUUAGACUGAUUGUGCAGCCUUUUACGUCCUGUUACAUGCAGACAUUGCUGGCACUGCUUCACGAUCAGGAGCAUCCUAUUGUACUGAUUUGUAAUUUGUGUUCAGUCUGAUGCUUAAGCAGUAUUAUUUAGGCCUUUACUCAUCUAAAUCUGUUUUUUCCAGAUAUGGUAGCCUCUAAUAUUGUAUGAAGAUUAAACAAGUGGUCAUUUCUUUACAUCUGUUGAGCUAUUUCUGGUAGGUGGCUGCCAAAGAACUAAACAGGUGACCAAAACAUCUUGGUUGAUCCAGUUUUUGCAGAAGAUGAAGAUGAGAAAUUGAAACAUCUUUUGGUGAACUUAUUUUCUUGAUCACAAAGUUAAAGGUUCUGUAAGGAGUUUUUGAGAAGUGGACUGAAACUGAUAUUGAUGCCUCUUUAUUGCCUCCAAAAACAAACAACACCAUCAGCAAUAAUGCUGAUAAUUUUUACAUUGUAAUUUUUGAUAUUUGGAACUAGGGCUGGGCGAUAAAACGGAAACGAUAUAUAUCGUAGAUUAAUUUUCCUCGAUAUCAAUACAAAACAUCGUCAAUAUGCUUUUCGAUAGUCGGCAUUCUGCCAUGUUUUGGUAGACUAUACGAAUAGCCAAUGAACAUGAAUGAAUGAAGUGAAUAAAUGACAAAAGACCUUGCAAGAUGCAGUAGCUUAUCGUAUUGUAAAAGGCAUGCUACCAAUAAGCACUGUUAAAUUGUAAGAGUAACAGGGAACACUUAAGAUUGAGAAGUAAUUUUUUUAUAUUGUGAUAUCGAUAUCGACUGAUAUUGACUAAAUUGUGAUAAACUUUUUCCCGUAUCGCCCAGUCCUACCUGGAACAGUAGUGAGGAUGGACUUGUCAGACCAGAUGAUUGACAGCAGUCUUUAGAAACAGCUCUUUAUACAUUUUACACAGAAAAUAUUCACAGUAAGUGAAACACUUAUUUGUUUAAAGACAAUAGGAUGAAGGUUUUAUCUGAAAAGAGACAAGAAUGAUAGCUUUGACCAUGGGGGGCGCCAAAGCCAAUACAGAGCACAAGGUCCUCACAGCACCUCUAAAUGCUCAGUCUCAUCAGCUGCACCUGUAUGCUUAGCUUGUAGAUGGUCGCUCAUAUUUGAAGUACUUAAAGGUGGGGUAGGCAGGAUCUGAGGAAGUGUCAGUUUUUGGAGAAAUCUUGAAUGUAAACACUACCCCUCCCAACCAGUUUUCUCCUCAGCUCCCUCUCUCCUCUCCCUCUCUGCUCCAGCAAAACCCGUCCACAAACAGAUGCUUGUUUUCGCUCGUACCAUUCCAAUUAAUUAAUCGCUAAUGACUGAUAUUAAAGGUUUUUUUGUGUAUACACCACAAGAAAGAUGCUUCUUUAACGGAAUCCUGCCUACCACACCUUUAAGUGAUACUUCCCUUCCGUUUGACAGAAAGUGCAGACUAUUUUUGACUUGUCAGCUUUGCCAUCGACCAUUUUUAAAGCAAAAUGCGCCAUUCAAAAGUGUAGGGGUUUUCUAUUAAGGUACCAGCAAGAGCAGGUAGACACUGCCAGAGGGGACGGGAUAAGAAAAGCCAGAUCAAAGCAAAAUAGUGUAUAAUAAAGAUAUUUGUUCAUUGCAUGCAUAGCUUGGAUGAUUUCUGUUGUCACUGUGUGGAGAACUGGUGGCUUCGUGUCUUUCUGAGUGCACGCAUGUGUGUGCAGCUUGUAAGGAGUGGAAGCGCGGCUCAUUCCAGGCCUGACCCUGUGGCAUCGGUCUGAGUGGUUGGUAUUCCGCCUCCUGUUUUUGCUGGGAAAACACAAGGGGAAUAUUUGGCUGUCUGCUUAUCUCCUCUGAGUACCACACUGGUAGACAGGAGAACACACACUUCCAGGCCUUUGUGAAGUGAUUUCCCCACGCGAACACACACAUGCACAGAGGCGCUCACACUCGAUACACACACACGCAGUGCUCCCUCCAUUCACCCGCGCUUAUCUCUUCCUGGUUGUCUGCAUCCUGCUACUCAGCUGGAGAUGACACACACACAUGCACACACUUACGUGGACGUGCACAAGCUCUUACGCUUACUCAAGAGUCAUUCAUGCUUCCUUCCAAAUCACUGUUCUCAUAAAAUGCUCACACAAACGGAGUGAAAGCUAAACAAACCUCAGUGUCGGAGUGAAGCUGUGGGUCAUACCUUCAGGAGUGACCCUGGAGAUCUGCAGCCUGUUCCCUUCUCUAAACACAAUAGUGGCGUAUCAUAAGAGUGUGUUACUGUAUAGUACAAUACAUUAUGUUCAAUCUCUGAUGGGCGUACUCUUGAUAUUGCAGAACAAGAGUUCCUAUAGUUGCAGGGUUCUAUUGUAAAUGCUGCAACAAGGGUGGAAAUAAUGACAUCAAAAAUUUCCCUUACGAUUUCAAGGAAAGUACAAGGUACAAUGUGGACUUUUUUCAGGGGUUAGAAACGACACACUGGCUUGUUGAUGGGGGGCCUUUAAGUGAGUUACAGUCAACACACAUUUGUUCACAAGAUCACACUUUAAAGAUGGAAGCUAGCAUCCUCAGCAUCAAUAAGUGGCAGAUAAGUGCAGCCUACAUAAGACUGAACACACUCUUGAAUGAAGUGUGUAUUAGGAAUAUAGUGCAAUGCAAUAAUGCCCCAUACGAUAAGUAAGAGUCUCAUGGGACAGACAUUUAAUGAUACAUCAUGAUAUCUGAUUUACUGAUGAUCCUAAAAUGGCAAAAUGCAGGAUUCAUGUAUUCAAUCGCUGCCAUUUGGUUUGGUUUUGCUCAGAUAAACGUUAUUUUAAGUCCAUUCUCUGAACUUUUAAGGCCUUUAUUGACAGGACAGGACAGUGGAUAAAAUAGGAAACUGGAAGAGAGUGAGGGAUGUCGCGGCCAAGGGCGGCAGGUUGGAAUCAAACCUGAACUGCUUGCUUUGAGGACUUAGUACACGGGGCGUGCCUCUGAAAACUGAGUGUAAAAAUGACACAUUUCACAGGAAAGGCAUAUUCGAACAUAAACUUAUUUGAGCGCUUGACAGGCAAAAUCAGUCUUAACUAUAAAACAAGCACAUUUGAAUGUCAAUAAAAUGAACAAUAGUAAUAUGUGGCAUAUGAAAUCCACCCUCACAACUCUCUCUGCAGACUUGGGUUUAUCCACCUUUCCUCUCUCGGCAUUAAGAUGUGGAUUAGUUAGUGCCUCUCCUCACUUCUUUCACCUCUGACAGACAUUAUCCCCCUUCAACUGUCAGCUCGUUUGACCAAUUGACUUAUGUUGACAUCCCCCUUGUUCAUGUCAUUAAACCUAACUGCAGCGCGGUGUCAUGAAUGAGCAACUUAUUGAGUCAUACCUACAGGGACCUCUAGUUAAAGCACUGCAUUUUAUUUUCAAUUAAAAGAGAAAUAUUUUAAGCUUCACUGUUGUUUUUGUGCACUUAUGUGGUGCAUGUGUGGAUGACAGUAUUGUGGUUGUUGCCAGGUGCUGACGUGACUCCUAAACUCCUUUUUAAGAUACUAUAAUUUACUGCAUGUAUAUAACCUCACAGCAGUGCAUGUAAACAUCACAUCUUUAGGACUUUCCAGGAAAAAUUCCCUUAAAUCCUUGAAACCAGACUAUAGGGUGUCAUACAUGUAGAGAGCUUGCACUUUGGAGGCACAUUCCAUUCAUACAUCGGCAAUGCAUUGCAAUUAAUACAUGUGAAUUGCUUCACAAACUACCUCAACAAAGGACAGUGAUGUCUUCUUUUUCUUCAAGUCAGAACCAGACAUAUUGGCAAACACAAAUGUUGCUUCUUGAGUAAUUUAUCUUCUGCAAACCCUGGACUGAAUUCGUUUCUUCGUCCGCAGAGAGUCAUACAGAAGUGUUAACAGUGAUUUAGUGUUGAGUUCAUGAGUACUAAAGUAACAUGAAAAAGUUACAUCACAGUUUCCAUGAACCAGGACCUUUCACUUGAGGGACGAUCUCCACCCUUCUGUCUUCAUUAAAAAGUCCACUUUGGAUGAGGCUUACUCUUAUGUUAGAUAAAUCUUUCAGGAUUGAUUAAAGGUCCAGUGCUGAUGCUGUACAUAAUACCACUCAUAAUGUUGCCUUUUUUUGUAGGUUCAUGGAAGACAGAUUUAACUCACAGAUUUGUGACUAAAUAGUAUUUAAACAUUAGUCUAGCGGUUUCAUUACAGUUACAGUCUUUUGUAGGCUCUAGUAGACGCCCUUAAAGAACUUGUAAAAUUACGUUUUACUGUGGGAUCUGUCUGCAUUCACUAUAAACAGUCAUUACAUUAGCUGUACAUACAUAAACUGAAGUUGUUUGCUCACAAGCAACAUAUGCAUUGACGUUGUGUUUGGGACUUGUGAAAGUCUUAGUAAUACAAAACAGACCCUUGAAAAUCCAACAGAUGUGCUGGUACAUGGAAUACUGCUGUGAAAAGCAUUUAGCCCAAACAGACCAAAAUAGAGACCAAUGAGAGGGCAACAGCUGGACUUUAAUUGUUUCUACUUUAUAGUUUACAGUCUCUUCUUUGCGUCAAAACACAAUAAAAGGUUUUCGGUGCAACAUAUAAGCAGAACUGAUUGAGAUUCAACUUUGAUUCCACUUUGUCAAAUAAUCGGCUGAGCUGUCAGCUGACAUGGGCUAGAGUUUGGAUCAGCUGAUAUACAGUGGGCUAAGCUUGACCUUGUGACCUGCCUGAACUAAGACCAUGCUUGUUUUGGCCUCUGCAGUGAUCUCCAGGGCUUACAGCUGAAUAACAGUAUCAAUAUCUGAUAAGGCAGAUGCUUUGCCCAUCACUGUAAAAUUUUAGGAUAGGGAUCUGUAGACGUUAUAUUCUGCAGAGGAAAACUGAAUCAUAACAUUAUAUUAAAGGGAUAUUACAGUGUUAAAUUAGUUUAGGGUCAAACACAGGGUGACACACAGUUAGACACCCCCUCCAGAGAUGAAUGUUGCCGACCACUUGCUUCUCUAGUUUCACCAACUUUAGUAAUGACCACACGAUAGCAAUACACAGUGGUCUGAGGAGCCAUAAACAAACCUCAAACAAAACACCACUCUAUAGCCACAAAUAAUGCUCAGAACAGCACCUAACUUCAUCAACAGUACAUAUAGGGUCCUAGCCAUAGUACUAGCCACCAAACAUCUUUUUAGCUUUGCCUAAUUUCUUUAGCAAAAAGACUAAACACAACCCACCUACUCUCUUCCAGCAGCUGCUUGUUUGUAGCGAGACCACGGGUGAGUCCAUUACGGACUACAACAGGGUUUCGCAGCUCAAGAAAUAACAUUUAUGGAAAUGAAAUCAGAUGGAGAUGCUAAGGCAGAAGAACUACCCUGUCUGCAGUGCAAAAUGAUUAAUAUGAUGAUUAUUACUUCAAGGAAAUGAUAAAGAAAUGAUCAUAAAUGUUCUUCCUUGAGCUGCGUCACCCCACUGGCCCGAGGUCUGCUACAAACAAGCAGCUGCUGGAAGAGAGAGUAAAUUGUGUUUAGUCUCUUUGCUAAAGAAAUCAGGUGUUUGACCCUUCAUGGUAUGUCUGACCCUCAAUUAAUUUUACGCCAGAAUAUCCCUUUAAUAUAGCCGUUGUUAUUGAACAGAAAUAUGCCAGCUCUUAUAUAUACUUCUGCAACUUGUAAAAAAUACAACCAAGAUGUAAAGGGCAUUCCAGCAGCUACGUCAUACAGCUUUUAAGUAACAGUUAGACCAGAUGUAUCUUUAUACACCGAAGGGACACUUCAUGAGUGCUUCUGAGUGUUUCACUCAAAAAGUGAAGCCCACCAUGUCGUGACAGUGAGCUGCAGCUACUGUUCACCCCCUUCCCCCAUUUCUCAGUAGGAAGGAAACUGGAGCAAUGUGUGUAUGCAUGUGUGUUUGACACCGUGGCUGCAUUUUGUGUGUGUGUAUGAGUAAGCGGACAAGCGGUCUCACUCAUAUUAUAUUAAACAGGAUUUUCCCGAGCAGAGUGCUCCUGCCACUGAGCUUCCGAAGUCUUCUUCAGGAUUCCCGCCUCAGCACAAACUGUGCGGCCACACUGAGAGCCCACUGUUUGUUUUGGAGCGUCAUUGUUCCGGAGCUGCAGAAAGCCAUGAGUCAGCACCGCCGUCACUUCGCCCACCUGCCACGCAUUGCUCAAUUAUUAAAUGUUUGCCCGCUUUUAUGUCACCUAGCAUUUCCUGAUGGUAUUUUUAGCAACAAAAAUCAUUCCUGUACAAAACCACUUUCUCCUACAGUCAAACUGCUGUUAUUUUCUAAGCUGCCCUUGUAUUAUUUGAACCCAGAAAUGCAUUCAUUUUGCAGCAUAUGACGCAGAGCUCUUAGCUAGGUCCGCUAGGUUCCUUUUGUUUGUAUGGUUUUUAAACAUUUUGCUUGUCAUAGUGUCAGUAUCCUUGUGUUACAUCCUGGACAGCUGGGUUUUUCACCUCAUCCAAAAGGCUUGGUUGAAGUUCAGGUAUUACUCACAUAAAAACAGAACAUUCCCACAAAUGGUGGAGUUAAUCAUAGAGACCAGUUCCCCAUGUGCCAUCUUCAUCUUGUAGCUGUUUCUCUUGUAGUUUUACGUAUCAAAACCCCCUGAUAUGAGCCCGUCUGAGCAUUGGUUUGAUCUUAAUGGCAAAGUUCCAAGAAUCUCACAAGGUUACUGGUAAUCUGUACAUUUUUUUCCUUUGACAUUGAUACCUCUUUUUCCAUAAGUUAACUAAAAGGCACUUGCACAGAUGGCAACAAUUUCUACCCACCACGACGUAUAUUAGUCCUUGAAAGUGUGCUUGACGCCACAUUUUAAGCAAUUUUAUAGAUGAAGGCACUUCUUCAAAGUUUGAAUAAAACCUUGUGAUUUUUGUAGUUUCACUAAUUUAACUCAUAUGAUGAUUGUUUACUUUAAAGUGGUAAAAGAAUACAGUUUAAGUUGUCUCGAGUCAGUUUUUCUUGUCUUUGAAACUGCCAAUACCUAAAAAAAGAGCAUGUAAUCGGAAGAAGAAAACUAUUGAUGGAUUAAUACUUAGAAGCUCAAGAAUGAUACAGUAGUUUGAUGGGUUUUUUUGUGUGAAUGGGUCCAGUACUAGCUUUGACAAACAAGCAGCUAAUAACUAGUUAGUAUUUUUCAUGGUUUUUCAUUGGUACAUUUAUUUUUGUUUGAAUAUGGACUUUGUUUUGUUACUGAUAUUGAGACAGUUUAGUGUGUGUCGCACUUUAGUUCAAGCUAAGUGUUAUAAUGGAGACAAUGAAAAGUAUACUUUUGUAAAGUAUUGUUAAAUCUAUGUCAUAUCAUAUUGUAUUAGGCUGUAUCAUGUAUUGUUCUCGAUUGUGUCGUAUUCUUUUAUAUUGUACAAUUUUGUUUUAGAAAAUACUGUAAUAUAUUAGUACUUUACUGGGAGAAUCUCCUCUGAAAAUUUUCUGGCACUCAAGCCGCAUGUUCCUUAACUAAAAACAGAAACAUCAUAACAUAUAACAAAAUAUGACACGAGACAAAAACCAGACAUAUAACAUGCUAUACUGUAUAUGUAACAUCAAAGUGGUUGCAGUGCCUCCAAGUCCCUAUACACUUACAGCUAUGCAGUGUCCUGACGAAACCAACCAGUUCAACAUUUUAAUAGACUGAGGGAUUAAAGAGUUCCUCAGUCUAUUUAAUCUAGCUCUAGGGACUCUAUAUCUAUAUUACAUGCUAUCAUGUCAUAUCAUUAUAUUUUCUUGUCUUGUCUUCUAUCGUAUCAUAUGUCAUUGUGUCCUAUCAUAUUGUACUCUACCAUGUCUUACUAAGACAUAUACUCUCAUACUGUAUCAUUUGUACUGUAGUGGUUUGUAUCAUGUUGUGACACAUUAUGUAUUGUGUCCUAUCAUACCAUGUUCUGUUUAAUCAUUGUGUUAUAUCCCAUCGAAUUAUUACGCAUCCUGUUGAUUUUAUUGUAUGUGGUAUCAUUUAGUUCCGUUUUGUCUUUAUUGUUUUAUUGCAUUGGAUUGUGUCAUGGCAUAUUUUAUAUUCAUAGUAAAUAGAAAAUAUCUGUCUUGCUGCCUCCAAGCUUGGUGUCAGCUAAUAUUACAGCAUGAAUCGCAUAAACCCUUUGCAUACAAGAGUGCAGCCUGUGACUAAGUCAGCUUUUGUCUCUGCCCUGUUGUUUGCAUGUCAUCAUGUAAAUUCCUACCAAAGGUAGAGGGAAACAUAUAUCAAGAGGAAUCCAGUUUCAGUUUUUUUAAAAAGCGACUUGCAAGAUACAGAUUUUCAAAGUUUUGUUUCCAUGGCAGGCAUAGCUUAAUUUGACUUAAUCAUAUAAAUCCUACUAUGAAACUUUGAACCCUGUGUGAUUACAAUAAAACCAAUCAAAUAGGCCUUCCAAUGAGAGAAGAAAUGCAGUUACAUGUAAAUUGAAAAGCUGGAAGAUUUUAAAGGGAUUUUUAUUUAAUUUGAUUGUAGUUCAUGUGAGCACACACCCAGGACACACAGUGAGUCCUCAUUGUUUCCUGUCACAGAGUCUGGCCCUACCCAUGACCCGCAGGAGGGAAAUCUGACUGUCAUAGUAAUGGGAUUAGUACUUUAGACCAGUUGAGUAUGACUGUGUGAAUGCGAGUGUGUGUCAUAAGAUAUUAAGUUACUUUUUUCAUCAUACUAGACUUUUUUGCAUUUCAUCUUUUUCAGAAAAAGCGUCAGAAUGCUCUUAAUUGUGUGAGAGACUGUGGACCAGUUUACCCGGCCAUAUUAGAGCCUCACAGACCUUAGAGUGUUUUAAAUCAUCCUUAAAGACCCACCUUUUCUUCCUUACAUUUAAUAAAUGAGCACACACAAAUCAUAGGCACUGUAGCUUUUUUUCUUUUACUGUCUGUAUUUUAUUCCACUGUUUUAAAUUUUAUUGUUUUAUUGUUAUCUAUUUAUUUACUUCUGUAAUUUAUCCCAUGUACAGCACUUUGUUUGACUGCUGUCUUUUUAAAAGUGCUUUAUAAAUAAACUUUGACAUUGACCUCGACUUUGCUUUUAGGGGAAGCAGCUGUUCCUUUUAUUUCACCUUAGGUAUUUUAUUUAUUUUGAGUUUAAAACCCGUGCACAGUGUGACAUGAGAGGAAUUGUUUUUGUGAAGUAACCUGAUAACCUUCGAAUAAUUGGAUUAUUAUUUAAAAUUGAUUCUGACUGGAAAAUGAUAAUUUCAUCCGAUGUUUCCAAUCAUGGAACUGGCACACCACGUUCAGCUGAAUUUGUGUUGUGGCGUGCUGAAAAUCAGAAGAUAAACCCUUUACCUUGGGAACUGAAGGCAGCGCGACAGCGUGUCUCUGUUAAUUGGAUUAGUUUAUGAUCAGUUUGGACUUUAUUCUCGGGUCACUUCAGAUGUCCAGUUGUUCGCUUCACCGCUCUGCCAUCUGUUUUAAGCUGUGUUCAUGCAUGAGGAAACUGUAACUAUCCUUAUCCGUGGGCAAAUAUUCACACUCUAACUGUGCUGGAAGUAAACACUGUGAUGUGUCAGAGUAGAGGUGUGUAAAUGGUUUGUGGUCAGAGACUUGGGCUGUGUUGAAGCGUGUGAAAACAGAUGAUUUGUGGAUGUGUGUUUCAAAGUGUUUUUGAACUAUGACAUCAUGGAUACAUUACCCUUGACCCUGCAGAUGCACAUGAACAUCUGUUUAAGAAAAAAAGGCAACGGCUCAGCUUGUCUGUGUAACUGGCAGAUUGAAAACUUCUAAAUGAUCAUGAUUUCAAUGUAAUUUUCUUCUUCUGUCAUAUAAACAUAGAGCUAUUUUAUUUAUGAUUAUUUCAUCUUAUGUCACAGAGGAACAGAUUAUCUUUCCCUCUCUUUCUUGUCUCCCCCUCCUCUCUUUCUGUGACACACAUACUUGCAGGAGGGUGUGGAUGUGAAUGUUUCUGAACUUGGACUGCGCGUCUACAUUUUUUUUUCUCCUUAAAAAGCAAAUUUUUGACUCAUGACAUUUCUGACUCCAGCAUCUUUUCACAUUGCAACACCUUACAAAGCCGUGUAACACGUUGUUUUUUCCAUCUUCAGCUCUCUGGAUCAAAAGCUGAAGUGAUACCUUGUAGUUUUCUAAAAAAAAAAAAAAAAACGUUGGAGUCUGUGUUUAGCUGGUCUACACACCUUUAAGUGUAUAUCAGUUACUGACAAUAGAUGUUGAUGCAUUAAAUAGUUUGGUCGAUGUACCAGACUUUGGGCUCUUUUACUUUUCAAUGUGUAAAGUAUCAUAUUUUCUCUUCUCUUCAAGCUAAGUGAUUGUCCUUUUAGAGAGACUGAUUAAUUGAUCCGCCAAAUAAAUGCAUUUGACAGCAUAUCAAAUCAAAGACAGUCACUGGCUGGUGUUUAAUAUACAUUCUGUUAUUAUUCUUAGAGUUAUGCAUGAUAAUAAUUGCCUUCUGUGUUUAUUUAAUAAAAUUUAAGGGCAGCAAUUUGUUUUUCUCAUUUGUCAGUAUUAUCAUAUUUAUAAAAAACCACCAACAGUAUGAUAUCGGCAUUAUGUAUUGACUAUUGGCCAACCUGCUCUCUGUCAUUAUGUGAAUCAGCAUCGGCCACUUGAAAACUGAUAUUAGUCGACCACUACUCCUUAUGCAUCCAUGAGAAAACAAAAUAUUGAAGUGUGAUGAAUUGUUCCGCCCCAAAUUGAAAACUUUAAAAUUUUCUAUUAAACUUGGCAAGGAAAACCCUUAAUAUUUGAGAUUUAGAGGCUGCGACCAGGGCUUGAAAUUGAGCGACAAAAAUAUUGCUCAUAAGUUGAUUUGCAACGGACAUAUCGACUCGUGUUCCAGUUUGAUGUCAGAAAGAGCGACAUGGUUGACACGGUGUGUCAAAUAAAUACCACAAAAAAAAAAAAGAUUAUAGAAGUUUCCAUAUGUAAUUUUGUUACCACAGGAAUCUGGAAGUCUGUGCAGCUUCAAAGUCGGCUUUUUGACUACAAACUCCUGAGAGCCAGCUAACUGUGGGAUUAUGAAAAUUGUGGGUGGAGUAUUAUCACUUAAUGUCUGAGUGAUCUGGGUAGAAUGAGGUAUUUAUGCUUGUGUUGUCCAGUUUUUGGGCGUACAUUUUUGUGACCUUACUUCAUGACAACACUGUCAGUAUACAGGGAGUUCAUGUUGCAGCACCUGUUAUCGCUCACAAAGGGUUAAUUUGGAUCAAGCAGCUUGCACAAUGAUUACUUUUGGAGAAAAUCCUCAAACAGGGCAGAGAUAAUCUCUUUUUAAUAUUGCAGCAUGUUCACAGUCACAGCUACAUACUGUUUAAUAAUACCACGAAAGAGGAAGGACUCAUACAUGCACAUGUUCGUACACAUGCACACACUUGCCCAUCUUAAACCACCUACUGUGUGACCUUAUAUUUGCUUAAUGAGGAGCUUAAGUGAGAUGUAUGAGUGUGUUUGUGUGUGUGUUUGUGUAACCCUACACCCCAGUGAGUACAGCAUGAGUGCAUUACUCAGCAGCGCAUAAAUCUCUCUUGAAUUGUACCACUGUAUUGUUUGUAAAAUGUCUAAUGGACAGAAAUUCCCUUACUUUACCACUUUGAAAUCAGAAUCUUAUAAGUGAAUGUUGAUGAAUACUGUUCAAAUCAGAGCCCAUUAACUCUGCUUUGAUUGCGUAUUUGUUAUUCUAGGGAGAAAGAGGAGGUCCAUAGUCAAAAGCAUCAUUAUGCAGUGGCAUUAUCAUUGGCAUACUUGCAUAUUUGGAGAGAAUUCCCCCAUGGAACUGAAGCGCAGUGACGGCUCAGAGCUGACAGCCUCAUUUGCAUAAAACCUGAGAGCCAUCAGCACCUGCAGGGCAGGGACAGCUCUACAUUUCUGUCUGUUGUUGAGAGGAGAGCUCUGUAGUAAAUUCACAGAGUGCUUUCUUUCCAAAACAAAACCUCAAAAUCAGCUCACUGUCUGAGUCGUGUCUGAUCAUGGAUAAGGCUCUCUCAUCCUUAUGCUUAAUACUUUUCUGUUUUUGUCACCUUAAAGGUGGGGUAGGUAGGAUCUGAGGAAGUGUCAGUUUUUGGGAGAAAUCUUGAAUGUAAACACUACCCCUCCCAAACAGUUUUCCCCUCAGCUCCUUCUCUCCCCUCCCUUUCUGCUCCAGCAAGCCCCGCCUACAAACAUAUCAUUUCAUUUAAAUUAGAUAUAAUGCAGAUAAAUAUUUCAGAUAAUUACAAACGGGGCCCAGUCAAGGUGAAAGUAAAAAGCAUCAGUGCUACUGUAGAUGCCAAGAGACUACCAGCAAACACAAUGUUUGCAGGACUUCUACAACUAGGAUGUAGUGACAUAGUCCAGGACCUGAGAUAAACAGUUUAGCGGCACUACAACUUGCAGCAGGUCCUGUUUGACAAGAAACACUUCUGUUACAGUUGGCUUACUUUGUUAAAGUGGUUUACCCGUCCAGCAGAGGUUACAGGGUCCGUAAGAUCCCGAAGCAUCCCCCAUCGUUUAUGCCUUUUUAAUGUUGACCAGGUUUUUAGCUCUUGACUGGUCUACUUCCUUUUUAAGUGCUACUUAUUCCGCCAGAGUCUUCGGUAUUUACUUCAUUUUCUUGCUUGUGUUGGCAGUCAUGGCCAAAGGAGGAUUCAGACAAUUUUCUGUACUUUCUGGUUGGUUUCUACAGGCCGAUAUUGUAGCACGCUAACUUUGUUUGGGCUCGUGAACAUUAUUCAAGGAUGUGGAGCGUGCCUCACAACAUGAAGAAGCAGCGUCUGCCUCACAACCAAUCAGGUUGGGGGAGGCAGAGAAUGGCUUUAUUUACAGUCAAGAAGAGCGGGCCGCUCAAAAAUUUUUAAUGUUGACCACACAGACGUAAUAGAACACAACGACAUUGUGAUAUUCCCAAAUGUCAUCAAUGACUAAUAGCUAUUGACUGAUAUUAAAAGCUUUUUUGUAUAAACACCACAAAAAAGAUGCUUCUUUAACGGAAUCCUGCCUACCCACCUUUAAUAGGCUGACUGUUUUUUCUUUCUAAAAUUCCUGCAAUGUCCAGGGUGGAAAAGUUGCACCUUUUACAGAAGAAGAUUUCUUGGUUUCAUUCCAUGAGUGUCAGAAAAAUCAUGAAACUUCAUCUUCAAUCCUGCAAAACUUUUUCUACACGUGUAACACCCCUCACUGUAUCCUGCAACAACAUGACUCUAAUAGAUAUAGGUAUGCACUGUGUUGUGUUGUGCGGAUAAGGUUUCAGCCAACAUUGCUGCAUGACAAUGAGCUGAAACAUUCAUGAUGAGCCUCCAACAAAAACACAAAUAGAGGCUACAAUAGCACAGCUAUAUUUGACAUUUGUUCCCCAGCUGCAAAAUCAACUUUUUAAAAGUUGAUCAAUAAAACACAAGCUGCUCUGCUCGCUCUCAAACAGACGCACAGUGGGAGCUCCUGGAUGCAUGUGAAUGAACUCUGCCUCAGAGUUUGUGUUUGGUGCAAUAUCCCUUUGUGUGUGUUUGUGUGUGUCUGCCCAUAUGCUAGUGUGUGUGGUUUGUUUGGUUGGUUUGCUGCAGUGCCCCUGCUGAAGGGCGAACAGUAAGGCCCUGGUCAGCAUGAUGUAGGUCUCCUGGGGCAUCCUGAGGUUUUUGGAUCAAUACUUCUCCUCCUGCAUCUCCCUGUCUCACUGUCCUCACCCUGCUCUCACCCACUGGCUUGACUUUGUGCUAUUUAUGGCAUCUCUAUGGAUUAACAAGACCCCAACAAUCAAUGGGCCCAACUUACUAUAACUGUCCUCUUGCUCUGAGUCUCUGCAUGUGUCAGCUCAUUUUUCUCUGGGAAACUUUCAGUCCCUGUAGCUUUUCUUAUCCUGAGAUAUCUGAAAUCACUACCUGUGUGAAGUGAAACUCACCCUUUACCAAAAAUAGAAACAAACGUCAAGGGAAUUUAAAAUCAAAGGCGGGUGUAAUAUGUUACAGUUGGCAUUUAAAUGAAAAUCAGUGUAAAAAAACAUGACCUUUUGCUGGAGAGUAACACUGUAAAAACUAAAUCCUAGCAAGAGUCUAGUCAAAAAAUCUCUCACACUUACAGUAAUAUGGAUUGAGCAUAGUGUCAGUCCGGGCAGGCCACAAAGUUAAGCCUAUCCUACAUAACACCAGCUUAUUCUAAUGCCAGUCCAAGUUUUUCCUUGCUACUGUAACUUGCUUAAAGCUACAAAGUGUUUUGCUUAUGGUGGAUUAUGAUGAGAUAAGAGGGAGUCUGAUUUUACAAAAUUGGAUUUAGAGCCAAUCCCAAUUGUCACUCUUUCCCCUCCCCUUUGUCUUACCCAUUUAGGCAAAGGGGAAGGGGUGAAAAUACACACUUAAGAAACGAGACGUCUCUCGAUUCCCGCUACAUCAUAAUGCCUUGUCGUUAGCUGGCUGUGUUGUAGACUGAUGUGACAAUACCGGUAAACAAGUCAGAAAACAACGCCUACUGUUGUAACAUUUAGCCAUUGUUAGCUGUUGCUGGCAAUAACAGUUGAAUACAAUGGAUAACACAGUAUUUUACUCAUACAAGAGCAUACAUAGAAGCUCCCAACGUCGCUACUGAAUGAAGCUUAGCUGUCCAAUCAUUCUGUCAAAUUAUUCAUGAAAUGCAGUACAUUGUAGUAAAGUCUGCUUGCUGUGAAUUUGUUACCCGAGUCUGACAUUAGUGUAGCUUUCAUUAGCUAUAGCUUCAUUAGCUAGCUCGUCAUAACCAAACAUAAAACGCUAACGAUUAAAAACAUGGCUAUUAUUUACGUGGAGUAGCAAAGGAUUGAAUAUCCAAUAAAAACAUAAGUAUCAUUACUAUGAAAAUCAUAUCAAAAUCUUACCCCUUGCUUUCAAGUGAGGUUGUUUUAAGAGCUGUGUACCCCUUGGCCUUAGCCCCUCCCCUUAUUCUUACAGAGACUUGAACCCCUUUGCUUGACAAGAAUGCACAAAUCGAGGGCUAAGGGGUAAGACAAGGGCUAAGGGGUACAAUUGGGAUUGGAACUUAAUCGUAUCCUACCUUCGUGUUGGUUCUUUGUAAACAUAAAGAAGAGUAUGAUCUAGAUCAGUUAUCUUGAGACAACAUUUGUUGUCUCUGUAGAUAGCUGAUGUAGAUAAAGAUUGACUGACUGAUAUUAGCUGAAAACUCAGGCAUUAUGUUGUUCAAACUGCUCUUGUCUGCCUUUUCCCCAUUCCCCACUUUUAAGCCUUUUCUAACCGUAGCAUACGAAGGGGUCUUUGCUGCUUCUCUACCUGCCUUGGCUUUUUAUGUUUUCACAUGAAACAUCAGGGGUGUGGGCUCUGACUGCUUCUGGCUUUGGCAUCCUAGAUACACAUGUGGAAGGGCAGAGAGCUAUUAAGAACAACAAUACAGCCAAACAUAAGUCACUGCAUGUACAUUAUUAGCUUUGAUGUAGUGAUAGGCAGUGUACAGGCUUUAACACUGUCACAAGUGGUCCUGACUUAACUUCCAUUGACUUUACAAUAAGAAUAAGUCUUGACCCAAGAAACAUGGGAAAUAUUUUUUACUUGAUACAAGUUCAACUAAAUAAGAUUAUUUCUGAAUUUGUUAGGUAAAUGUUACUUUUACAAAGUGCAGCGCGAUAGUCUGAGUCUGUUAAGAUUUUAUGGGUUUCCCUCAGCAGACAGUAAAGUGAAAUAGUUUUGUUGCUUCACUUAACUAGAGUUUCCAGUAGAUUGGUGUGAAAUUGCAUCUCCCAUACUGCAGUUUCGAACCAAACCAUUUAUACCAGCAGCUGUUCAGACCACAUAUUAAAACAAUGGUGAACGUAAUUGUGUUAUUUUGGUAGCAGUAAAUGGAAAAGGCACACUGACAUCAACCUCCUAAGAACCAAAUAAAACCCGGUUAUAUACAGCAAAUUAAGACUGCGCUACUUUUCAACCAGUGACUCACUUUAAAAUGUUCUCCAGCUGUAGCUAUGAGUUACAAUGUUUGUUGGACAUUUUAUAGAUUAAAAAAAACAAAAGAGCUGAUAUGACUGGUUGUUGUGUAUGGACAAAAUAAUUGAAAAACACAAUCAGGAGAGAAAUAGAAGGAACAAGGUUUCGUUUAUGUCAGAUUGGUCAGAUGUGCUCAUUGUAUUUAGUGUAAAAACUUUGAAGAAUUGAUUAUUUAUCACGUUUCUUGGUUCAGGCAUCUUUAACACCAGUAAUACAUUAGUUUUUCCUGUCAGCUCAAACAUGAUCUCCUUUACUACCAAUGCAUCAUAUGUCACAGUUAAGCUUUGCACACUUUCAGCUUCUAUCUGAUAUUGUGAUUUGUAAACCAUCUGUGGUCAUUGUGGUUUUUUUGCUCCUCAGUUCAACAAUAGCUCAUAGUCGAGCACAAUGGCACCCUGACCCCCUGUUUCCUUUAGUGGCAAUCCUGAUUAGCUAAGUGACAAGCUUCUCCCAUGCCUUUGUUCAUGUAUUAGUGUCUUAAAGCCCCUCGGAGGGCAGUAUCUGCGCUCAGCUAAUCAUUUAGUGAUGGUUAUCAUUCAGAUGGUCAUUGUUAGAGGCUAGGAGAUAUGCGAGGAGGGGGACAAGGGAUCUAAAGUGUGCUUUGUCUGGUGCUGAGAGGUACGUGAUGGAAGUACAGAUACGUAGUAUUACCUAUCAAAUUUCUAAGUGACAGUAAGAAAAGUUGGAUUGAAACAACAAAGGAGAACAAAAGGAGAAUAAACUUGUUUUGAGUUUGAUGAAAAAAGGAGAAGAAGAAAAAGGCAUUGAAGUAUGCUUAAGAUUUUCUUAAUUAUGUCAUUGCAAGAUUUUGACAGAUUUGCACAAAAAUCUAACCAAACGGGAGCUUUUAAAUCAUAGUUUAAUCUGUUUAUCAGAGAACAUAUCAGCUCUUGACAGCACAGCCUCUGGGAGAAACAGACGACUUUUCAGGGCUUGUGUUACAGGCAGCAUUGAGCAAUGAAGUGUGUAAGAUUCAGUGUUCCUUUCCAGUGAAAUGGGAGCCUUACUCGCAAACCGAACAAUAGAACGAAGUUAAAAUUAAGUGACGAAGUGUAAGAGAAGAUGUCCAGCUGCACUUACUUGAGGUGAGCACAAGCCAAUCAUCAGGUAACUGCAGGGAGACACUUGCAUUAAAGCCAGUGCGGUCCGCCUCGUCCUAAACUGAUAGUUUUACAGCAUAUAACACAAGAACACACACACCGAAGAAUACUCAUACAAAGAGACAUCAACAAGAAUGCUCUGGGCACCCAGAGAAAAGAGUCAUCUGCUUACAAAUUCUGUACUACUGUACUCCUUCAAAAACUCUGUAAACAGAGAUAGUCUGCUUCUAAAUAGGUGACAGUUCAGAGGUCAUACAUAGGGUUCAGAUUUGAGAGAAUAAUCAAUGAUGAUGCUGAAUGAUGAACAUUAUGUAAGCUGUAGUUUGUACAGUACAAACUGGAGCUCAAGUGCAUAGAAAUACACUCACAACAGAGAACACUAUUUCGAGUUUAUCCUCAAGCAGUUGUCCGUGCUCUUUAGUGAGAAACACUGAAAAAACAUUAGCUACCAAACUUGUUCUGAACUUUACUCUGAGUUUGGCUGAAGUUUAUAUAGAGUGUCAUAAAGUCUCAGUCCAACCAAGUUUUGUGAGUAAGUUUUCUCUCACUGGGCAGAAGUGGAAACAAAUAAAUGUAACAGCUUGGUAGAUAAUUCUGCGGCAAGUUUGCUCAGUUUUGACGUAAUAGACCUUUUUUAUACAGAUUCAGCAGGUUUUAAUGAUGUUUUGAUGAACUGGGAAAAUUCACUGAUUUGUGACCAGGGCGGUGAGGUUCUGAGGGGAAAUGUGAAUUGAUGUUUUUAAUGUGGUUUGUGUGUUGUGGAUUUUGCUGCUCCAAAUGUUGCUGGCCUAAACCAAUUACUGCAUUCAAGAAAGUUUCAGAGAAUAAUGUGGAAAUGAGGAAGGAAAGGAGGAUGUGCGGAUAAGGAAACAGAAGGGUACACUGGAGUGGUCUGAGUGGGCAGAGAGGAGGGGGAACAAGUAGUAAAGUAGACAGCGAUGGGAGUGUCACUUGCCAAAAGGCUUAUACAUGGCCUGAUCCCAGACCACUGUAAGACCACCAAGGGCGGGUGACUGUGUGUGUUAAAGUGUGUUUGAAUAUGAGAGAAAGGCACAGAGAAGAGGAAAUAGGGGGGUGGGGGGUGAAGCUGCACUAAGCUCCUCGGGCUGGGAGCAAAACUAAAUUUGUGGGUGUUCUGUUGUGGUCUGUACCUGGAGUAAGUGAGCAGUGUGUUGCAAUAACUCACGGAGACAGUGAGCAGAGGAUUCAGGUUAUGUGCUGAUGACUUCACGGCUACAAAUAAAGAUUUAAAGGGAUAUUCCGGUGUAAAAUUAAGUUAGGGUCAAACACAACGUAAUACAGAGUUAGACACCCCCUCGAAAGAUGAAUGUUGCCAACCACUUACUUCUCUAGUUGUACCACCUUUAGUAACGACUUUGUGCUCAACCAAAACGCCACUGUUUAGCCACAAAUAAUGCUCAGAACAGCACUUAACUUCAUCAACAGUACAUAUAGGGUCCCAGCCACAGCACUAGCCACCAAACACCUUUUUCACUUUGCCUAAUUUCUUUAGCAAAGAGACUAAACACAACUCACCUACUCUCUUCCAGCAGCUGCUUGUUUGUAUGGAGACCUCGGGCCAAUUUAUUGCAGACUGCUGUGGGGUGACACAGCUCAAGGAAGAACAUUUAUGAUCAUUACUUUAUCAUUUCCUUGAAGUAAUAAUCAUCAUAUUAAUCAUUUUGUACUGCAGACGCGGUAGUUCGUCUGCCUUAGCGUCUUGGUCUGAAUGCAUUUCCAUGAAGUAACGAUCAUAAAUGUUCUUCCUUGAGCUGCGUCCCUGCUCUGCAGUAGAUGGACUCACCUGGAGGUCUCCAUACAAACAAGUGGCUGCUGGAAGAGAGUAGGUGUGUUGUGUUUAGUCUCUUUGCUAAAGAAAUCAGGCAAAGUUAAAAAGAUAUUUGGUGGCUAGUGAUGUGGUUGAGACCCUAUAUGUACUGUUGAUGAAGUUAGGUGCUGUUCUGAGCAUUAUUUGUGGCUAUAGAGUGGCGUUUUGGUUGAGGUUGUUUAUGGCUCCUGAGACCGCUGUGUAUUGCUAUCAUUUGGUCAUUACUAAAGUUGGUAUAACUACAGAAGCGAGCGGUCGGCAACAUUCAUCUCUCAACGGGGUGUCUAACUUGGUGUUAUGGUGUGUUCGACCCUAACUUAUUUUACACUGGAAUUUUCCUUUAACCAAAUCAGAACUCUGCAGUGGACCUCUCUGCAGGUCAAACAGUCCCCUGUGCGAUAUUGUUUACCCUAUUGAUGCAACACCACAACUUCUCAGUCUGCAAAUCAUUUUUAGAUAAUCUGUUUUUGGAUCGAUUCGUACUUUUUUAUUACUACUGUUCAUUGUUGAUAAGCCCCUGCCCUGUCCACACACUGACUCAUACUGAGGUUUGAAUUGAUGCGUAAGCAAAGGUGAAGCUGCUGUGGAAGCAGGAUGCUGCUGCCAGCUUUUUGCCUCACUGCCCCAGCUCAGUUAAGUCAACGAACUUGACACCUUGGUAAGUGGCAACCUCUGAUCGUGAAAAAAUGAAGCCAGCACAAAGAACUGCAAGUGCUUGAGUGUGUCCACUCGAGGGUUGCUGCCAAGGAAGCAUUCCCAUGUUAAAACAGCCAACUCUACAACAAAAGAAAACAUGUUUUCAGUGUUUUAUGUCUCAAAAGCUUUCCCUCCAUUUAUGACAUCUGUCUGAAAGUGGAUUUUAAAACAACACACACCUUUUCUUGUACAUUGUGGCAGAUUGCAAAGUGGAUUGAGGCAUAAAUCAGCUCUACCUCUUUGCCUUUUUCUUGGAUAAUUGAAAAUGUGUUAAAGAAAGAACAUCCAACAUGGCAUAUUGUUAUAAUGUAACUGUUUCACCUGCUUAGGAAGAUAACAUGUUUUUCUCUUGUUUUACAGCUGUGUUCUGGGGCGACAUUGCUUUAGACGAGGAGGACCUGCGCAUGUUCCAGAUCGACAGGACGAUAGACCUCACACAGCACACACACAUGCGCACACACUCCAGACAGGGCCACACAUCUGGUAAGUGGACCCCGUGUCUCACUCUCACUCAGUAACCAUCAUGUUGCGCUCUUUGUCACGUUUCCUCAAAAACUCUCUCAUAAGCAGCUUGACUAGGAAGGAAGUAGAAGGGGCCACAUGAGGAUAUCAGCAUUUAUUUUGUAUUGUUUGUGUUUUGAUUCUUGGCUCUGGUGUGUGUCAGGUGGCUUGGAGGAACAUGAAAUUGCAAAGAAGAGAGGAUCGUUAUAUCUGCUGCUGGAGAGAAUACGCAAGUUUGGCUUCGGUAAGGACCUUCAAAGGUCACCAUGAAUUAUUAUGAAAGUGGACGUUGAGGAUUUGGCCAAUAAACUACAAAUCCAUCUUGCUGAACUUUAUUGCAGAUGUGAGUUAAGACCAUCCCAGAUACAGACAUCUAACAUGAAUAUACUGAUUUACAUUUAGAACCAUUCAGUAUAGAAAGAGCUUUUAAGUGGUGACAUGAAGCUUUUGAUUCAACCCUCAAAACCCAGCUGAGUGAUCACCGUGGGUCAAGUUUUGAUUAUUGUUUAUUGCUGUAACUUAGCAGAUUUUUGGUCAAAAUUUAUGAUAUGUUUCUCUGUGAUAAAUGAGUCAAAAGGAAGUUUCAGUCAAGUUCAUGUCUAACAGAUAACUAUUAAACUGAAUGUUCACACCUAUAUCGCCCAAAAGUUUUCUAUUUUGCUUCGUCAGCUGCUAUCAAAUAUUGAGUAUGGGGUGUUCAUAAAGAGCAAAUUAAACCCUCAAGCUGUUUCGGAUUUUUCUUUUUAAACUGAAUUUUAAGACCAAACUUGGAAGGAAAUUCAACAUUUUAUGGGUGAAUAAUAAUGGAGCUAUCUUGUUUGUUACAGAGUCUCUUUGGUGACCAUAAUCCAAGCUUGGAAAAACAUACCAAUUGUAGUCUGCUGGUUUGUGUGAGAGGUGUUUUUGCCUCAUUAUAACACUUUGUAAAAAGCCUGAGGAAAACAGAGUUUUGGUCACUUUUGGAAACCCCGACUCAACCAUCCCCCUGCACUGAAAAACACAUGGAUGUUAAAGCAGCUGAAAUCAUGCAACCCACCAAUCCUUUUAGGCUUUAUUUGAUAGAGACUGUCCUUUUCACUGUGUUGACAGUUUUUGUUGUGCUGAGUUUAUCAGACACUUCUCCUGAUUAAAACUACAGGCUGAAAUGCUUUGAGACCAUUAUUAACCUUUCUUAAAAGCUUAAAGUAACUCUUGUAGUGCACUGUGGAUUGAACCAAAACACACCCUCUACUGGGGAACAACCAGACCCAGAACUCUACAAUGUAUUACUGUUCCUUCACCUCCUGAUCUGAGAUCUCACUCAGAAAGGUCGCCUAUAACAAGAAUCUCAGAGCUCAGUUAUGAGCCAGUAGGCCUGAUAAUACACCAGAACUUAGAAGAGGAAGAAGUCAGACUUUAUCAGUCCUAAAGGGGACAGAACAAUCUGACUUUUGUUAUUGAACAUGCAACACAUACAGGCUGGAAAUACACAUACAUGCACAGACGGAUCUGAUGCUCAUACGCUGAUACCAAUGUGUCAGAAUAUGUAUGAGCACCCACAGCUGUUGGAGUUAGGAAUUUUGCUGAAACACACCACAGUAAUACCCAAAAAGUGACCAGCUUUUAGCGGAGUUGCUAUACUUUGGUCUGUACUGAGACUCAGACCGGUAACUCUCAGGUUUCUAAACCAAAUCCCGUUAAUGUGAGCCCCAGUUUAUUCUAAGUACAAUAUCAUAAACAGAACCUUAUGUUUCACCCAGGUCCAACUCCUUUCUCCUUGUUCCUUAGACUAUCUACCAAAGAACUCCAGCAAGGGAUCUGUAGGUCCCAAGAGCCAAACCGGGAAAGGUGGGAAGACUGGGAAUGUUGCGAAAAGCCGAAUUCCCCGAGCAGCCACAUCCCGAGCUGAGAGGAUAUGGCCAGGAGGAGUCAUUCCUUACGUCAUCGGAGGAAACUUCACUGGUAAGCAGCUCUGCUAGACACUUCUAAAAAAUAAAACCCACUCUGACGUGUGAGUGUGUGAAAGUAGGAAGUCAAAUGUGUGUAUUCCAGGUAGCCAGAGGGCCAUGUUCAAGCAGGCCAUGCGUCACUGGGAGAAACAGACGUGUGUAACCUUUAUUGAGAAGACAGAUGAGGAAAGCUACAUUGUGUUCACCUACAGACCCUGCGGGUGAGUUUGGUGAAUCUCUAUGUGUGUGUGUGUGUGUGUGUGUGUGUGUGUGUGUGUGUACCUAGAGUGCAGUGGUGACCUUGUCACAGCGAGAGACGAUACGGUCACUCAACAAUGGCUCCACUUUCCUUCCUGUCCUGCUCCUGUUCCUCGGUCCCCCCCAAAUCACGCUGCAAAGUCUAAGUUUUUGUAUGUUGGUGCAGUUUUUUUGUUCAUACUCUGCAGAAGUGCAUUGUUCUGUGGGUUAGCAGCACAGUGGGGUUAGAGUGUGUUUUUACAGUGGUGAAACUUCACUCACUAACUUUCUAAGUGGUAAUGGUUGGCCAGGAAGCUGCAAUCUAUUGCUCCAAGUAUGUCAAAUCUGCUCAGACAGUUAGUUGAAGGAGUAUCAUGAUCUAGAAAUACUGAAAACUUAUGUGCUGUAAUGAUGAGUGAGAUAAACUGAUUGUUAUACAAGAAGAAGAUGGACCAGACCAUUGUGUUUUUUUGUAUCUUAUCUGGACAAACAGGCAUCUGCUGAGCCUAGCGAAUUAAAUAUGAUCCAGGGAUUAGCUGUUUGUGUCAGUGCAUGUUACUUUGAUGAUAAUAAAAAACAUCAGGUGUAUCAGGAACCGCACAUACUAUGUAGGUCAAUCAGCCUAAAAUCUACGACUUCGCCACCUUAAUUUGUUUACUUAUUCAAGCAAAUAUGUUUAAAUUCAUUGAUUGUUUUCAAUCUUUUUGGCAUUUGACAAAAAUUCACUAUCUUCUUGCAUCAGCUCUGUCACACUUUUAUGUGUAUUCAUUGCAGCUUCAGUCAGUGGUUGCAUUGUCACUCUCUAUAGUUCAGCAUGACAUACUUUGGAUCUUUGGGGACUUUAGAUCUUGAAUAGAAGUUAACAGGACCUCAUGAUAAACUUGCCAAAAGCUGGCUUUGACUGUCAUGCCGCAUUUGUUGUCCAUACGAAGAGCGUUAUUAAGAUUAAAUUCUUAAAUAUAAACAACAACAAUUAAGUGUUGUUAACUAUUUAUUUUAAAAAUGGAGAAAUACCUGUUGAAUACUUUCUUUUAUUGCGUUUACUUAUCCUUUUGAUAUGUAGAAAACGUUUACAUUUAGAAGCUGAAAAAUGAUGAUUUGUUUUCAAAAGCAAUAAGUGAGAGGCCUGCGUGUGGAUCACUGAUAGCAGUUGUCUCGUGUCCUGUCAUAGGCUGGCUGCAUCAGAGAUUAGACACUUUAAUCUGAUGUAUAAAUACCCUGCAGCUUGGAUGUGCAGCCCGCAGGCCUGAGGAGGAAAAGGACAGAUAAAAACAGAAAAAGAAGUCAUUUUUUAAGACGAGAACUACAUUUUAUGAAUAGCGUCUGCUGUGAGUGGAAUAAUGGUGCGUACACUGGAGCUGCAAAUAAUAGAAGAAGGAAAAAAAGACUCUAUCUACUCCAGUGACUCCUGAUCCUCACCCUGCAAUCAGCUCGCUGGAUAACUUUAAUCAGAUUUGUUAGCCUGGCACGGAUGUCUCGGCUAAACAGAAAAAAGGGCUGAGUGUGUGUUUUAUGCGUGUGUGUGUGUGUGUUUGUGAUAUUUGAAUUCUCACAGCUUAUUCACAUUAGGUUACGAAACUGCAGCGUUAUCGGGAGAGUUGUAUGUAAAUAAAUCCUGCUGCUUUUCCUCUGGUGGAUGUAGUACAGGACAGGAAAUCCUGAAAAGAGUGUGUGUGUGUGUGUGUGUGUGUGUGUGUGUGUGUGUGUGUGUGUGUGUGUGUGUGUGUGUGUGUGUGUGUGUGUGUGUUUAUACAACACUGCUGAUGCUUUUUCCAUUGCCAAAUGUGCAGUUAAAAAAAUUGUCCUCCUAUCUCUCUGCUGUCAACUUCCUACUAAUCCUUAUUAGGUGUUGUUCCUAUGUGGGUCGUCGUGGCAACGGGCCCCAGGCCAUCUCCAUAGGCAAGAACUGUGACAAGUUUGGCAUCGUGGUGCACGAAUUGGGUCACGUCAUUGGCUUUUGGCACGAGCACACGCGACCUGACCGUGACGAUCAUGUGACCAUCAUCCGGGAUAACAUCCAGCCAGGUGAAAUGUAGUACUUAUUUUUAAUCUGGAGCCAUGUUGGGAUCUUUAAGGGUUGUGUAUUCUGUCAAGGGAACAAAGGUCAAAGUACAACUCGAGUGUUUUAUCUUCAAAUUUAGGAACUUUCCGAGUGUGAAUGAAGGUUUUAAUGACUGUGAAUCACCUAUAACCUCAGACUUUCUUUAUGACCUUCACAUACUCUUUGCAAAACACCACAAUUUGUCAGGUGUUUAAUUGAAUAAAACAUCACCUGGAAAGAGAAGUCCACUGCACAAAAACAAACUGAAGACAUGUCUUUUGAAUACCUCAUCUCUGCUGCUUUUAUUAUUCAAAUGAUUUACAGUAAAUACAGGUGAGUUUCAGUCAUAGGUAAAAUGUAACCACCUAACGCUGCUAUCCUUGCCUGUGUUUAAAUGUGGGUGUGUUUGUAUCUGCAUAUCUGUGUUUUCCAGGCCAGGAGUAUAACUUUCUCAAGAUGGAGCCGGGGGAGGUCAACUCUCUCGGGGAGCCGUAUGAUUUUGACAGCAUCAUGCACUACGCCAGGAACACCUUCUCACGGUAACCAGCAGCAGCACAGCCUCGUCCCUCGCCAUAUAUUGAAUUUACAAAACAGAUCAGUCGCACGAUCUGCCAAAAGAGAUUUCUUCUUUCAAAAGUCUGCUCUGUAAUGUUGUGAAACGGCGACCUUGAUUGUCUUUUGAAUGUUUCUUUAUGCCAUUGUUUUUAUUUAGUUGAUGAGCUUAAAGUUACAGCAAUAAGUAAACACCAAGAUCAAGUAAAGGCUUGUUGUGUUUUUACAAAACUUUAUAUCACAACUACACAUGUGCAUUAGUAUAUUCUUUUUUUCAAAUUUCCCUGUUAAAUUAUAACUUUGAUAUAUUUAUUUUGGGAAAAACUGAAAUAAAUGACCCACCACUGCAAUAAAACAAACUUUUGAUCAGUAUACAAUCAUUAUCCACGAGUUAGACUUCUCUUGUAUUACCUUUUUGUUUGUUAGAGUGAUCACUGGUUUACUUUGCAUGCUUCCCAUCUAUUCUUAACUCAGACGCAAUUUACAGUCAAGUAAAAAAACCAAAAGCGCAACAUUUGUGGGGCCAUUACAUCAUACUACUCUCAGGAUGUGACUUUCAACAAGCUGUUUUAAGGAUAGAUAGAUGUAUGUAUUAUAUGUUGAAAUCCCCUUUUCCCCAAGCAAAGAUGUGCUUCAACUGUCUCUUCUCCUCCCUAAAGGGGGAUGUUCCUCGACACCAUCCUUCCAUCAAGAGAUGAAAACGGGGUCCGGCCUGCUAUUGGCCAGCGCACCAGGCUCAGUAAAGGAGACAUUGCGCAGGCAAGAAAGCUGUAUAGAUGUCCAGGUACUGAUAUAUUUACUUUGAGAGCACAGUGUGUAUUUAUGUGUGCAGAUGUUGUUGAAGUCAAACAUGAUUCACCCGUCGUAAAAUUAGUACUUAGUGCUCUACUCUCCGAGGCUCAGGGGUGAAAUUGAGUAAUAUGUUUUUCCACCCGAUGCCUCCCUCUCUGUUUUCAUGUCUCACAAACAUAAAACACACACUCUUUCUAUCAGUUCUUGCACACUUGCACACACCCCUGCUGCUCUGGGUGUCACUCGGGUCCCUGUUGUAUGGUUCUGACGUGAUCUGGAUCACACUGUGAUGUUACAAAAGGUUUAAGGCUACAAAUGCUACCACCCCUUUUUGGCACACGUGCACACUCACAACUCUAAGACAAGUUCACCCCUUAGGUCACCAUGUGCGUAUUUUUGUGAGAAAAACAGAUCCAAUUAUAUUUGUCACCACUGUUCUCUGCUUACAAUCACCCAAGUCUCUGUUUGUGUUUGUGGGUUUAAUUUUUUAGACUUAUCUAAUCCAGUGAAAAUACUUUUAUCAGAUAGUGUAGCAGUUAUUUAAUUUGAUAACAUUAAAAUCUCCUAAUCUGAUCAUUUUUUUCUGUUAUUUAAUUGUAAUUUCAUUUGGAUACUGGAGCAAGAAGGAGACUGUGUUUGCACGGCCCAGCUGGAAAUAGAGACAACUUCAACCCUAUAAGGUCACAUUUGAGUGAUACCAUAUUCACUGACAGAUGAACAGAGCCCCUGGGCAUUGUGGGGGGAAAACAGCAUGCAUGACAGAAUAGGAGGGGCACAUUUGGCUAACCUCCUUUUUUUGCGAGGGCGACGACGUAAAACUCAGAAUGAAGAAUAUAGAGCAAUUUGUGUGAACAUUUUUCCACUAAUCCACACACAGCUGCAACAGAUUAUUUCUUUGAAUGGAAUUAAAACCUGUCAAUGUGACAGUAAAUAACUCUCCUCCUGCAAAGGAAUCUGAAUAUUCUGCUUAAUUAUGACAGGUUUAAGGAUUGCGGUUGGACCCAUCAUGUAUAGUGACACACACAGGGUUAGAAACAUGCAGACUGCUGCUUCCAACAUGCACAUCCGAAACAAGCCAAAUGCAAUACAAGAAUACAAGUUGUUUUGGGGAGUUUCUUCUAUUUCUUUAUGGCUGUCUGAAUCAUAAAUACAGUCCUUAACAGUUUCCAUAUGGAUAGAUUUAGUGUUAUAUACAUAAACGGCCUGGCAGACAGUGUAUAAAGCUGUUGUUUUGAAGAGCUUAGUUUUAUAUUUAUGUCAGGAAAUCAGCAGUGGGAGAUUCAGAAUAAAGAUCGACAUGAGAGCCAUGUGUUUUUUGAUAAUGUGUCGAUUGUAUGAAUCUUUAAAAUGCUUGCAGCGUCAUGCACAACAGCAGGACUAACCACAGAAAUUUAACUCCUUGUGUAUUUUGCAGCAUGUGGAGAGACGCUACAAGAGUCGACCGGCAACUUUUCAUCCCCCGGUUAUCCCAACGGAUACCCUUCGUAUACACACUGUGUUUGGAGAAUAUCUGUUACACCUGGAGAAAAGGUGCACACAGACACACACUCACACGAACAGAGCAUCCCUGUAGUGCUGUUAAAAUGUAUGCAAUAACAAUAGGAAACUGCUGACACAAAGGCUGCACAUGAAUUAUAUUCUAACACUCUCCUCUUUCUUUCUUUCUUUCUUUCUUUCUUUCUUUCUUUCUUUCUUUCUUUCUUUCUUUCUUUCUUUACCUCAUGUGCUCUCUGAAGUAAAAACAUCUGCAUCUACAUGAACUGAAAAUUUACUUCCUCUUGUCUAGAUUGUCCUGAACUUCACCACCAUGGAUCUGUACAAAAGCAGUCUGUGCUGGUACGACUACAUUGAGGUUAGGGACGGAUACUGGAGGAAAGCUCCACUGCUCGGUAAGAACAAAGGCCGGUCAGCCAGGGGUGAGCUGAAGAAGGGCCAGAACUGGGGGACUUGUCACUUAGUGCAAACCCAAGGGAAAUUUUUCCCUUUGUUAUUAUUUUCUUACUUCUUUAUUAUCUUUUUAUUUGUGCUGAAAUCGUGGGGUCAUCUGACACAAAAUGAUGAUAGUGCUAUCAACACCACAAAUGAUUACUUUAUCGAACUUCAACUGUUUUCUGAAUCACUCGAAUUCAACACCACAACCUUGACAUCACCAGCAGAGCGUUUCAAUGAACGAUAGAAACACUAACUGCAGCAACUCAGUCUUAGUUAUAGUUGUAUGCAGUUUAUUAAAUACUUGUGUAUAAUACAGUAUGGCUUCAAAAUACACAGAAAGUAAUUUUUCCUGUGCCAAGAAGUUUUUUCUUUUGCUGACUAGAGUCUUUAAUGUCUCCCUCAGUGGACAUUAGAUUAAAAUUGAUUCAUAAUGUCCCAUUAAAUUCUUGCUCUCAAAGAUGACAGCUUGUGAAAUGAAGUGUUGGAUCUGGCCAACUCAUCUAUCCUUCUGGUUUUCUUUGUUUCUUUGUCAAAUGUACAGCAUUUAAGAUCUGUUUUCCCAACCUCGAGAUCCAGCAUAAGCUUGGUGCCUUCCCUUUCUUGGAUUAGAUUCAUUUGUUUUUGUUUUUUUUUGAUAAAUUACGAUCAGAUGUUCUUUUAUACAGAUACAGGUUUUUUAAUUAGCUUGCUGACAUGUUCUCCACAGCGCCACACAGGUGAACUAGAAAAUGGCUCCACCAAACAUUAAACACACUGAAAAAAGGAACCAUUUGAUUCUGUGGCAUACUCACCCAUGGUAGAAGCACAUCUACUGCUGAAUAAAAUCCAAAUUUACCCUAAGUCAACCCCAAACAGGCAUAAUAACCCACUGUUAGUGUAUCAUUAUCUGUAGAUACUGCUGUUUUUGUGUUAUCUCAGUACUCUCACAUGAUCUUGUGGAGUUCUUGUGUGAUUUUGGAUCCUGGUUGCGACAUUGACAGAACAACUGAUGGACUGAAACAAAGAUGUAUCACCAUGUACAGUCUGACAGUAGCAGUACGUCAUCUGGGAUUGAACUGAGAUGUUUGAGGAGGUUGUGGAUGCUUUUAUCCAAAAGAUUAAAGUUGUGUUUCCUCCAGUUUUUAAAACCACACCACCACAUCACAGGGUUUUUUUUUAUUCCGUGUGUUUUGAACAGGCAGGUUUUGCGGCGAUAAAGUCCCUGACGUGUUGAUCUCCACCGACAGCAGGAUGUGGAUUGAGUUCCGCAGCAGCAGUAACUGGGUGGGAAAAGGCUUCGCGGCCAUUUAUGAAGGUAACUCCUCUGCCUGAAAAUCCAACAAACAUCUAACAGUAGAAAAAGAACAGUAAUAAGAAUACUGUCUCUAUCUUUUAAUUCUGUGCAGCAAUCUGUGGAGGAGAAAUCAACAAAGACUCGGGGCAGAUUCAGUCUCCAAACUACCCUGAUGACUACAGACCCUCCAAAGAGUGUGUAUGGAGGAUCACCGUGUCCGAGGGAUACAACGUUGGGCUCAGCUUCCAGGCUUUCGAGGUGACUCACUGUGUGUGUGUGUUUGUACGCUCAUGUUUGUGUGUGUUUCUCUCUCCUUCACCCCCUCUGUCCAUGUGUGUUUGCUCAGGAAUGUCUGGGUCAAAUUUCACGCUCUUAUAGCUUCUAGGAAGCUAAUAACUGUGGUGUUGUGUGUGUGUGUGUGUGUGUCGGUAUGUGUGUGUGGGUGUGCAGAGAUGCAGGGCUGUUGAGCAGUGCUGUGAAUUCGGUAAAAAUGUCAGUGUGCUAACAGACUCAAUCUGUCCUAAACUCACUUCACACAAGUAAGGUCAGAGUUCACCUUCUCACAGGAGCCAAGAUCAACCCCAUUUAAAAUCACUUAAGUCCACACACUGUGUCCCUUCUGCUCCAAUAUUUAUUCUACUACUUGUCUGUGGAACUUAUUGUAAGAUGGUAUUUUGUAAAGAAAUAAUUAUCUUUGAAAAAUAAAGUGCGUUUAAAUUCCCGGUUCAAACUUAAUGGAAGGCGAAUAGGAUGGGACUCAGGAACUCAGACGUAUUCACUUCUGCUAUUGCCUGGAUUGCAAGACAGGAUGUCGCUCCACUUUCCCCGUCAUUGAUGGCUGGAACUUAGUAGCCCCACAGGCUGCUCUCAGAUCUAUUGUCUGCUAACUAUCUCCAUUUCACAACUUUAAAGACCAGCCUGAUGUUUUUCCACAGUGCUGAGUGAUUCGAUAUGAGCGUCACGUCACAAAACAGAAAACAAUAUCGGAAAAAAUAUCUUAAAAUGAAAGUAUGACCGUCAUUCAAUAAGGCAAUGUCCUACUCAAGGAAGUUUAAGUCACAGAGUGAAUGUCAUGAGAAUUAAAUGGUGAUUUUCGUUAAGUGUGCGCCCUCCUCACAUUUUUAAACCCUUGCAUUUGUCAUUCCCCUUCUCGACUCAUUUUGUUGUUUCAUUUCCAAGUUUUCCAUAACUAUUGAAUAUCAUUAUUACAUCAUUUUAUUAUUGUGAGGUGAAAAUCUGAUAACCUGACAGCCCUAUUUUGAAAUUACAGAUUUAGUUUUUGCCUGCACUAUUUUAGAAUUUAAUGAAAACCUAAUUGUUGAUUGAUUAUAGACAAUAUUUUGGCAAAUGGAGGCCCAAUGUGGGGUUUUUGCUUUCCAUGUGGAUUGCUUUCCCGCAUACUCCCACAAAAACUUGAGAGGGCGAUACUAUUUAGACUACAAACCAGAACAUAAAUGAUGCCAAAAAUGUCUCACUUGCCAACACACUUUUCAUUCCCAGCAGAUCUGUAAACUGAGUUUUCUAGGGGAUUUAAUUGUUUCUUGUGAUUGAUUAAGCACGGAGGUAGUGUGAGGAUUUCUUUGCAGCACUGUUUGUGGUUUGUACAUAUUUAGUUGACAUCUCCUGGAGAACUCCUUAGUCUGCAGCAUUUCUGUUAGAGCUGAUUUAAGCAGCCACAGGUCCACUGGUAUUAGUAAAAGAUGACAGAAUUCCUUUUAAAGUUUUGGCAAUCCCUUUUUUCAUAUUUUUUUAUACAACUGUCAGUUUGAGAUCAAUGUAAAUGAAAAUAUCUUCUAGAGUUGACUCCAAGCAGCCCAACACAGAAACUUAUUAUUGGUGUGAGGACCGAAAUGUUGUUGCGUGUUGCUCUGUAAGAUAACUUUCUGAUGGAUGGGGAUAUUUAUUGUAGUGUUAUUUAUCUUCAUCUUUUCGAGAUCGAGAGACAUGACAGCUGUGCUUACGACUACCUUGAAGUCAGAGAUGGCCCUCUGGAGACAAGCCCCCUGAUUGGUCGAUUCUGUGGCUACGACAAGCCAGAGGAUGUGCGCUCCACCUCACACACACUGUGGAUGAAGUUCGUCUCAGACGGGACAGUCAACAAGGCCGGAUUUGCUGCAAAUUUUUUCAAAGGUAUGCGAGUGACAUUCAACUUUAAUUCCUCACACAUGUUGAACCAAACAUGUUUUCAUGUUGGUGCGUAUGUGCUCUGACGUGGGUUUUCCAGAGGAGGAUGAGUGUGCCAAGCCAGACAAUGGUGGUUGCGAACAGAGGUGUGUAAACACUCUCGGCAGCUUCAAGUGCGCCUGUGACCCGGGCUAUGAACUCGCUCCUGACAAGAAGAGCUGUGAAGGUAAGUGUGCACUGAGAUCUAGCUUGUUUUUUUUUUUUUUUGUACCCAGCUGCGUGUUUCUGUCGGAUAUGACUCUUACUCACCAGAAGAAGAAAAAAAAACAUCCCAACAGCCUCAAUCAACAGGAAAAAAACAUCCCUCUGACACAAAGCCACAUGCUUGGCUGCUCCAACCGCACAAAUGCAGUGAAGGUCCUUUUAAUUCCACAAAAUAAAUUAAUGACCGACACACUAAAGCAACUUAACAGACUGCUUCUGAGGCUGAGAGAGAGAAAAACUCCUCUGCAGACACAUCCAAAUUGUGGUUUCCUGGGUUUCUUUGGAAGAUCAUAAGAUUUUUGGAAAUUCCAAUAAACUCAAGCGUGGGAAAAAGAUGUAGAAAAGGGGAUUUUUCGAUGGUGUGUGAAAUUACAGUGACUUUGUGACUCAUUUGUGGGGAGAAGGUCAAGUAAAACAACAGUAAAUGCAGAAAAAACCCCUGGUCGACUGAACAGAUAUUUUGGAGCUGUUUAUGUGACGUUACCGCCUUGAAAUUAACAAACAGGUAGUGACGACUUCCCAUUCACAUUUCACUUUUCCUUUGAGCUACGUCUGGUUCCUCUACGACAAAUAUUCCCCUCGGCGUCAUCAUCAGUUGAAACAGAGGCUGCAGAUGAUGACGGACCUGUUUGUCCUCCACAUUCCAUCCAUAACUAAGCCGUAUCAGGAAAAUAAUCCUCCUGACAAAGAAAUAGAUGCAGUAAACAGCUUUGAUUUUCAAAUAGUAGAAGAUAAAGAUUCAUAUAACACUGAAAACAUGACAGCUCUUUUCUAUCGGGUAUCUUAUCAUGUGAAAGCUCAUUAAAAAAAGGACACAUUGCACUGAUUCAUCAUCCUCAUUUUAUGGACAGUUUGCUAUGUUCAAAGAGUAUCUUGGUUUCCCACCUCAGUAUAUUCUGUCACGUUCAUAACGGCCUGUUUGUGUGUUGCUAGCUGCAUGUGGUGGCCUCCUCUCAAAGCUGAACGGAACCAUCAGCACACCCGGUUGGCCCAAAGAGUAUCCGCCCAACAAAAACUGUGUGUGGCAGGUAGUUGCUCCCUCUCAGUACCGCAUCUCCAUGCAAUUUGAGGCCUUCGAGCUGGAAGGAAAUGAGGUGAGUGUGUUUAUGUGUGUGUGUGUGUGUGUACGUGCUGGUGAGCUGUGUGUUAAUGACAGGGAGGAAGGAGGAUGCUGACUAAAGUAGCAACGACAUAAACAAGUGUAACUCAAGUCUCAUUUGUGUGUUUAGGUGUGUAAAUAUGACUAUGUGGAAGUGCGCAGCGGCCUCUCAUCGGACUCCAAGUUGCAUGGAAAAUACUGUGGAACCGAAGUCCCUGAAGUCAUCACCUCUCAGUACAACAACAUGAGGAUAGAGUUCAAGUCUGACAACACUGUGUCAAAGAAAGGCUUCAAGGCUCAUUUCUUCUCAGGUAAGACACGUUUGUUACGUCUUUGUGUGUUUGUGUUAGUGUGGGUUUGUCAAGGGUGAGCAGGGCAGCCCAUUUUGUUUGAAGCAAGACAAGUAAAGAACAUUUGUGUGAUUCAACACCGACUGACUAUGACUCAAUGAGUCUGACCUACCUGUUUCUGCUCCACAAAAUUGUCAUUUAGAGAAACAGCUGGAAGCAGGGCACUUCAAUGUGGCUCUGAGGUUUGAAGGAAUUACCAGGUGACAUCAUUUGGUUUUGUUGCGCUGAAAGUGAGUCAUUUAAAAAACAAGUAUCCCUUAUCUUUAUGUAACUGGAGAGUUUUUGUUAAAGGGAUAUUACGCCAUAAAAUUAAGUUAGGGUCAAACACCCCAUUGAGAGAUGAUGUUGCUGACUGCUUGUUUCUCUAGUUAUACCAACUUUAGUAACGAUCACAGAUAGCCACGUGCUCAACCAAAAAGCCACUCUAUAGCCACAAAUAAUUACCAGAACAGCACCUAACUACAUCAACAGUACAUAUACACUCACCGGCCACUUUAUUAGGUACACCUGUCCAACUGCUCGUUAACACUUAAUUUCUAAUCAGCCAAUCACAUGGCGGCAACUUAGUGCAUUUAGGCAUGUAGACAUGGUCAAGACAAUCUCCUGCAGUUCAAACCGAGCAUCAGUAUGGGGAAGAAAGGUGAUUUGAGUGACUUUGAACGUGGCAUGGUUGUUGGUGCCAGAAGGGCUGGUCUGAGUAUCUCAGAAACUGCUGAUCUACUGGGAUUUUCACGCACAACCAUCUCUAGGGUUUACAGAGAAUGGUCCGAAAAAGAAAAAAUAUCCAGUGAGCGGCAGUUCUGUGGGCGGAAAUGCCUUGUUGAUGCCAGAGGUCAGAGGAGAAUGGCCAGACUGGUUCGAGCUGAAAGAAAGGCAACAGUGACUCAAAUAACCACCCGUUACAACCAAGGUAGGCAGAAGAGCAUCUCUGAACGCACAGUACGUUGAACUUUGAGGCAGAUGGGCUACAGCAGCAGAAGACCACACCAGGUGCCACUCCUUUCAGCUAAGAACAGGAAACUGAGGCUACAAUUUGCACAAGCUCAUCGAAAUUGGACAAUAGAAGAUUGGAAAAACGUUGCCUGGUCUGAUGAGUCUCGAUUUCUGCUGCGACAUUCGGAUGGUAGGGUCAGAAUUUGGCGUCAACAACAUGAAAGCAUGGAUCCAUCCUGCCUUGUAUCAACGGUUCAGGCUGGUGGUGGUGGUGUCAUGGUGUGGGGAAUAUUUUCUUGGCACUCUUUGGGCCCCUUGGUACCAAUUGAGCAUCGUUGCAACGCCACAGCCUACCUGAGUAUUGUUGCUGACCAUGUCCAUCCCUUUAUGACCACAAUGUACCCAACUUCUGAUGGCCACUUUCAGCAGGAUAAUGCGCCAUGUCAUAAAGCUGGAAUCAUCUCAGACUGGUUUCUUGAACAUGACAAUGAGUUCACUGUACUCAAAUGGCCUCCACAGUCACCAGAUCUCAAUCCAAUAGAGCAUCUUUGGGAUGUGGUGGAACGGGAGAUUCGCAUCAUGGAUGUGCAGCCGACAAAUCUGCGGCAACUGUGUGAUGCCAUCAUGUCAAUAUGGACCAAGCUCUCUGAGGAAUGCUUCCAGCACCUUGUUGAAUCUAUGCCACGAAGAAUUGAGGCAGUUCUGAAGGCAAAAGGGGGUCCAACCCGUUACUAGCAUGGUGUACCUAAUAAAGUGGCCGGUGAGUGUAGGUUCCCAGUCAUAGUACUAGCCACCAAACAUCUUUUUAACUUUGCCUGAUUUCUUUAGAAGAAGAGACUAAACACAACUUACUCACUCUCCUGCAGCAGCCGCCAUUUGUAGCAAGACCUUCGGGCGAGUCCAUCGACUGCUGCAGGGUGACGCAGCUCAAAGAAGAACAUCAGCAUUUAUUAUCAGCAUUAUUUGUGGCAAAAUAGUGGCUUUUUGGUUGAGCGUGUGGCUCCUUGGACCGCUGUGUAUUGCUAUCGUGCGGUCGUUACUGAAGUUGAUAUAACUAGAGAAGCGAGCAGUCAGCAACGUUCUCUCAUCUCGACGGGAUGUCUAACUAGGUGUUACGGUGUGUUUGACCCUGACUUAAUUUUACGCCGGAAUAUCCCUUUAAAACCAUCCCUCGAUGUGCUUUACUGACCAAAAGGGGGUUUUAUAGGACACUAGGACAAUCUAAGACGAACCUUCUUUCCGUGCUACAUGGCUAGUCGCACAUCUUAUAAAAUUCUCACAAAAUAUAUUGAAAUGUUUUCCAUGUUGCCAACAAAUCCUGCUUUGUCGUAAGACUAUUGAGUCUCAUGAAUGCCUUCAGGCAUGGCUUUGUGUUUUUCCCCAGAAUUUUUAAAAAAUAUAAUUUCUGGGAUUUUUUUCUCAUCUUGAAUAGGACAGCUGAAGAGGGAUAGGAGAUACGCAGCAAAGUGUCUAAGUCAGAGAAUCGAACCAGAAACAACUGCAUUGUAGACUUUGGCCUCUAAAUGUGGGGUGCUGGGCCAUCAGCGCCCCGUCUUUGGCUUUGAAACCAGGUACAUUUAAAGUCGGGUAACCUGAUUUCUAGUUACGUGUUAAUGUCAGGGUUCCCAUAGAAAACCUGGAAACAGUUGACCAAGACACUAGUCAUGGAAGGGAGAGGAAAAGCAAAAUAUCCUGGAAAGUCUUGGGCUGCCUUUGAAAGUUUUUGUAACGUUUUCCUAUAUUUUAUCUCUGAGUGAUUGUAAGGAUCAUGUCAAACAGUGGCAGUAGCUUUAAAGCAGCGAGCACCUGCAGACUGGACACCAUUAAUGUAACUACGACAGCUAAAAUUUAAAAUAGUACAUGAAACUUUAUGUAUCAGAAGUAGAAAUACAAAUCCCUGUUUGCUGCUUUCUUGAAGUUCCAGUCGGACAUCAAUUUUCUCUUAUCUUGUUUUAAAUUUUGAAUAACGUGAAAGCAUUGUGGUUUUAGUUGCUGCUUGUGUGUCUGUCUGCUUGUAUUGUAAGGUGUUUGUGAAAUCAUCCAUUUUUGUGUGUGUACCCUUUUUUUUGUCCUGCCAUUGUACAUGUGUCUGUCCCGCUGUGUCCUGAGCCCCACUGCAUCCAUCUUGCACUCUGCCCUCCUCUCUCCCUCAGACAGGCUGACUCUGUGUCAGGAGCGUAUGAUUGUGUUUGAGUCAUGCCGGGACAUAAAGCGCGGCCGCUCUCCCACUCGUGGCCAUGUCAACAACAAGCCGGCAACCUCAUCAAAGGUCAGAGGUAACAUGGCCUCACAGUCGGCGUCUCUGAUUGGCUCUGGUGUACCAUGUGACAGGGAAUGGAUAGAUCCUGUUUUAACAACGUGGAUCAUUGUUUAAUCCAUUCUCCUUCAGGGGAAACAUGUGCUUUGUCCCAAUUCCAUGUCACCGAGUGUUCACUAGGGACGGAGAGGAAUAAAAGUUAAUCUCUUAUCGGUUUCCAGUAAAAUAAAGAUAUUUUUAUUUAAAGAGCUUUGUAUAGCCUGAAUAUAACUCAUGCAUUAUCUAUUUAAAGAGUUCAAAGAAAGAAUUCCGAUGGUUGGUUCUUGACUAAAAAAAUGGAGCACAGUGGAUUGAUUGAGUUGAAUUUAUUUCCAUCUGUAUUUAUUUAUUCGCUCCUAGAAAUUUUGAUAAUUAAUCAUUUUUGGUUUGGAAAUCACCCAAAUGAAAAUGCUUUUAUUUGAUGUGUUUCCAAAAAAGUCACAGCUGCACAUUAUUAUAAUUUUUUUUUAUGUUUCCAUUUGAAAAACCACAAGAUAAAAUAAAUAAGUAUUUCUAUGGAAUUGAGACAAAGCAGCCGUAUUCCCACUAAAAGCACAACAAAUUUCCCCCGCCUGCCUUUCCGCAGGGAUGAAUUUGUUGGAUUUAACACUGGAUAUUAACAACUCGCCGAAGUUAUUCCGUAGAAAAAAAGAAGAAUUUCUCCUCUUUCUUUUUGUGGACACUUACUGAAAGAGAAAUGGAGAACAUGACCUUAAAGACACCUUCAGGUUAAGUAGAUCUGUCGAUAUUCAGCUAUAAAGACACCUAGAAAAGUCGAAUGAUUUAACCAGACAAGAAAAAAGUGCGUGCUAGUGUGUGUGUGUGUGUGUGAUAAAAAUUGCUGUGUAAGUGUCUCUGGUUCUGUCAGAAGCUUCCAGUGAUAGCUUUUGGAUGGCAGAAAUCCAGCAGCUUUGGGGAGGUCCCUCCGGCCUCCCAAACACACGCUAAUCCAUCCAAUGUGUAUGUGUGUGUAUGUGUGUGUGUGUGUGCAUGUGGACAUUGUGUUGCUUGACCUGAGGAAAGCUACAAUGAACACUGUGUAGCAUUGACUGCAAAGCUUCUUAGCCAGUGAUAGGACAAGACUGAGCCCACAAUAGCAUCAUAAUACCACCUCAGACACAGACUUGCACUCAGACACAAAGCGAGAGAGAGACACACAGAAGAGGAUUUAGUAGUUUCAUUAAAAGCAGAUCUGGUUUAAUUCAGCAGCUCUGGAGCAGAAGUGGGAUUCAAGCAAGACACUCCAGCCAUCUUCGUCUCUCUCUAUCUCCUUUUAAAAAAAAACCACUUGAUCAUUUAAACCUCAUUUAAACCCUCACACCAUCACUGUUCCCAACAUGGUAGCCCCCUCUGUGUCAAGUCUCCCUCCGUGGCUCCCUCAGCAUCCACCCUGAGAACCUUUGUUUUCCUCCAGUGUUCAGUUUCAGUAAGAAAGGCUUUUGUUAUCACCCUGCCUCACCGAAGAGAAGCCAUGUGUUUAGGUGUAGCCACAAAUUAAAGGAUGAGGGAGGAAAAAUGAGCGAGAAGACGCCUCAUUUGCUGUUUUCGUCUGCAGAUACUUGAAUGCAGUGACCUCUUAACUAGCUGCUGCCUGCCAAAGAGCCAGUCUUUAAAAACUUACUGAGUGCAGCCAAACAUUGUUCAAGUUUUCAACAAAGUUUAUUUCAAGUAUUUUGUAGAGAUGAUUACGUUUCCAACGAUACAUAACAGACUUAAAGGCAUGGUUGAUGAUGAGAGAAGUAGUUGAAAAAAAAUGGAGUCGUUAAGGCGGAUUUGAAAAAAGCGUCCUACCCCCCACACACAAACCUCUCCCCUCUGUGCUCCAUGACAACUCUCCCCACGACAGACCCCCUGUGGCAGAGGCCGGCAGAAGAUCCUACGCUAGCUUCAAAUAGGAGUCACAAUGUAGGAUUGCUGGAGACUAGCGGCAGUAAACGCCAGCUCUGCUAGUGAGCAUCGUCUGCAGCUGCCUUAACAGCUUUCAUGUUGACAUUGCAGAGACUAAUAAGAGUUAUUUAUGUAACAUUUGCCACGAUAAAAGGCAAAAAUUACCUGUUCACCAAAAACUCUGCUGUCUCGGCGUCUGUUUUCAGGCCCAAAUCUUGGCAGAGCUUUCUCCACCGCUUGCGUUUUCUUAGCCCUUUUGGCGGUGGGGCAAGCAGAAGUGUUUUUUUUUAUUUUUCUGUCCUUCUCCGUCACAGCUCCUGUAGCUAAGCUGCUACGCUACUUUUAGCCGCUCAGAGCUUCAAGGAGAGCAGGGAGAGUGGGAGAGGACAAGUCAGAACUACAGGAGAGGGGAGUGUUGAAUACAGCGAGGUUAUUGGAUGGAGAGGCGGAGCUGGAGAUUGACCAAUAGGAGCUGUCCGGGAUGGAUGGCUCCCUUUGGUCAGUGUUUUUGAAGCCCUGCACCUGCUAAGGUGAAUGUUUUUUUUCCAUUCUUCUUUCUCUUCACUUUGUGGAGAUCGCACUAUAGGCCCAUGAUCGCUGUAUAAACGAGGUUCAUAAUGAAUACCAAUCUCUCCAAUCGUCAACCAUGCCUUUAAAUUUGACAUUGUGUAAAAGUUUUGACCAAUCGUGUAAAAAGUUGUCUAUUAGCUCAGAACAAUGCAGGAGCCUUUAUUUGAUCAGAGAUGUGGCUCAACAUGUUUUUAUGUAGUUGACAGUGUAGUGUGGAAGUAUAUACUUUAACAAUAGUCCCACAUACGGGGGUCCUGAGCAUCAUUCCAUUUAUUUUAUACAAUUUAACAUGAAGAUACAAAAGCAAGAACAGAACCACAUUUCUCAGUUCUUCUCCUGUUGGCUGGGUGAACACAUCAGUCAGAUUUAGCUGUGGUUGUCUGCCAUAGAGCACGGCUGAUCUGCAAGCAGCUGUUAUGGUCAGACAAGUUUCAGAGCCAAGGUCUGAGUUAGACCGCAGAGUAACCACGACCAUGAACCAAGAGAGAGGAGGACCAAGACGGACCCCCACACAGACUUCAAACACGCUUAGCGACUGAACCCAUGGUCUGUGUCUCUCUUCUGUCUCAGUACUAACUCUACAUUUACUUUCCUUCCCCAUUACCUUUUAUGUUUAACCGUGAAUGUUCAAAAUGUUUUUGGUGUAGACAUUUCUUUUCAAUCAAAAGUUGACUAAAAGUUUUAAUCAUCCACUGAAAGUGCCUUAAUUAGAAACUCAAUCUGUUUCCGAGGUGAAAGCCCCACAUUAAAAAAGGACCUCCUGUGUAUAGUAUAUGAUAAUUAACAGCAUGCUGUAGUGCUGGAAGACUGAGGCUGCAGGGCAGAAAGUUAGCAUCCUUACAGGCUUCGUACAUAAUAAGGAAACAGAGGUAAAGCAUCAUUUUUUUAAGGUGAAGUGUGUCGUAUUUAGCAGCAUUUAGCAGAACAGACCUUGUAGAAAUUGAUAUAACAUUCAAAGAUAUGUUUAACUGAGUGUAUAAUCACCCGAGUAUUAAAAACAUCUUUACUUAACUAAUUAAGAAUGAGCUUCAGAGGAUACCAUCUCGCACAUCCAUGUUUCUACAAGAAACAAUUUGUAUUUAAUUUGUAUUGUAUUGCAUGAAAUGCGUUGUGGAAGACAACAAAGGGGAGAGUGGAGAAACAAAGGAGUUGUAUGAAUUGACAUUUUUGAAGGUAGAAACUUGGUGCUUAUUGUGUUUUUUUUUUGUCCUUGAAGGCUGCUGGCACUUAAAUGAGUGGUGAGCAAGGGAGCGAUGUUACCUUAAAGACAGAGUAGACAGUACAGUUUCAUAUUGUAUAAUUACACUGUUUCUCUUGUUUUUUUUUUGUGGGUGGGGUCAGAAUAUAUAUACUGAGGAAAUGUCUGUAGGAAUCCAAAGCUUGUUAAGUAGCAGUUGCUAAGCUAUGACUGACCUAGUGCUGUUUUGGGAUGGGGUUUAGCAUGUUGUUAAUUGACCCUCUUGCUUGGCUGUAUCUCUUGGUUCUGUCAUACUCGUUUCUUUUCGAGGGCCACCAUGUUCGCCUGGCAUAUUUUCUCUAUGUUUGUCUUCACCUUUCUCCUUGUUUGCCUUUUCUCAUCUGAUUUCUCUGUACUGUACUCAUUUUAGUUGACUUUCUGUGCCUAGUUUGACUUCCACCUGGUCCUCUCCUUUUAUCACUGAUGUACCAGCAGAUUUCACUCUGUCCUUUUUUUCCCCUGCCUUGCUCCCCUCCACUCCCGUCUCUUUGGUGUAUCCACAUUAGUGAUGUGUUGCAUGUGUGUCUCUCACAGACAAAGAUGAGUGCAGCAAGGACAACGGAGGCUGCCAGCACGAGUGCAUCAACACAGUGGGCUCUUACGUUUGUCAGUGUCGCCACGGCUUUGUACUGCAUGAGAACAAACAUGACUGUAAGGAAGGUGGGUUCCACUCACAUUCACAUCAGCACACACACUGGCAUAAAAACUUUGGAGCGCACAUGCACGUGCUGCCCCAUUCACACAAGCAUGCACUCAUUCACAAGAAUAACCACCGUUCAUCAUACAGCCCUUACUAUGUUUAUCCACAUCAGAGUCCACAUGAAAACAGACUGGUCCUUUCCAUUUGAAGAGGGCUUGUUUUCAUACAUGGAUGUUAUUUAAAGCCUGCAGGCAGAGCUGUAGACCCUCAACUGAGGUUAUAAAGGCUGAGACUUAAAACAAAACAAAAAAGAUUCUUCUUCAACAGAAUCCUGCCUUCCGCACCUUUAAAACUCAAGUUGGAGUUCCUUAGAGGAGUUUAGCGUUAUACUGAAAGACUGGAAACUUGAUUUAGACUUAAAGAAUUUGAGAGUCACCUUGGAAGACUUUACUUUAAAGCUCCUGUGCAAAACUUUUGGAUUGUGUAUGUUUAACACUCCUUGCAGACAAAGUGCAGGUUUCAUCAUCUUUAAACUUCAACCUGCCCCUGGUCAUUAAAGAUCGAAGUCUAGGCUUCUCUUAAAUGACUUGUACAACUUGUUUUUUCCUUAUGGACUUGAGAAAAUAUUAAAAAAAAACUAACAAGCUCCACAGGAGUCAAAGCUUUCCUUAAAUUGACUCGAUAGUUGCUCAUAGGACUUGACACCUAACAGAAGGUGCUUACAUAUUGCCAUUUCAAGGCCCGAUUUUAACCUUUAAACCUGCUUUUAUUCUCCUCAAAGACUCGUCUUACACUAGUCUGAAGGAUUCCUUUAUUGUGAACUCAAAUUUUAUUUUGAAAGGCCUUCCUGCCUUAUUUUUUCUUACAUCAAGCAGCAUAAAUGAACCGCACCAAGUAUGAGGUCGUGAAGGCAGACAUAAACAAUGUGAGCAAAAGACUCUAUGAUGAUAAUAUAAUGUUUUGAUACUACAACGUUUUUUUAACGACACAAUGCUGGACCUGGUCUAGGGGCUGAGAAAGUCUGUCGACUCGUGACUCAGCUUGAACUUGUCUCAGAAGACUUUAAACAGCUCUGCCUGCAAAUCUUUGUUCACUUUAAAGUGUGUCGGUGUUUGUGCGUGAGAAACAGACAUGCAGACAGGAGGAGAGGUUUUACUUUGACAUAAUUUAUUCAAAGCUAUUAGCUCACACACACACAAACAUACACACAAAUGUUGAAUCGACAUGUUAAACUCUUUGAAGUUAAACUCUUGAACCUGAACACACACACCACAUAAAUACACCCAUACACACCUCACUAAAGGGUUCCCUGUGCUGCUCAUAAAAACACUCGUGUUUCAAACAUCUGGGAGCAUGAAAGCUUUGCAUGUAGCACGAUCUUCUGGUGUGUGCGUGUGUGCGUGCGUGAGUGUGUGUAAGACUAGCAUGACCCACUAACCUUGCAGAGUCAUGUAAAUCCAAAUUUCCAUCAUACAAUGUGUCUUUGUUUGGUUAUCCACGUACAUGCAGAGUGAAUCAGAGAUGGACCUUUGGAUGGAGUGACACUUUUUGUUAACAUGUUAAAAUUUAAGAACCAGGGUGUAGGAUGAAAGGGAUCUUGAAACAUGGAUGAAAUAAGAUAUUUAAAGUAAUACAAUAUUGUCAUGCCAAAGUUGUGUAACCACCUGAAUGCUUUUGCUACCUCCCACCCUGGACCCACCAUGUUUUCCAUGUGGGACAAACCAAAAGCUGGCACCUAAACACAUGGUUUUUAUUGCUCUCACAGGAUUUUCAAAUAUAUUAUCAUAUCAGUAGAUGAAAGUUCAUCCUACACAGUGGUCCUCCAUUAUAAAGCUGACUUCUUAUAGAUGGUUUUACCUGCCAGGGGUGUGCAACACUGUAAUAGUCUGGCAUUGUAAGAAAAGACAGCAAAGAAAAAUAAAGAUUUCAGUUAAACCGUUGUUAAUAUACAGAUGAAACUACAAAUCUCAACACUUUGGGUUAUUUAAUAACUGUUGAUUUCAUUCUUACUUUACAACGUGAGAAUAUGUUUUUGCUGCUAUGUCAGAUUUCACAUUUGUCAGCAUGUGGGUAGUUAUACUUUUUAACCACAGAAGUUGUGACAGUACAGGAAACACUGUUACAGUAGUCGAUGUGGAAGAUGAAGUCUGUAUUUAAUAUACUGUGUGUUGGAGAAGUCUCUUGCAUUCAUACAUUGUUCUUGUAAGUCUAUCCAUCUGGUUCUGUACAUCUGGACUCGGUGUUGUCUGACUCUAAAUAAAAGCUGUUGGUGAGGAAAACAUCUUGUUGUCUUGUGCAUGCCUCCUGCCUCCCAUCACCUCCAUCAAUCCAUGACUUCCAUAAAACUCAUAAAGACACAUGUAUAUGAUGUUUGUUUGGACAUUAACCUGAGGUUUCUACACUGUUGGUAGCCUGUUGUUGUAUUAGCCCACAACACUCCUGGUUUUACUUUCAUAUUUAGUCUGAUAGCACAUGUUGAAUCCCAAAAUUAAAUCAUUUCAAGUGGCCUCUCCUCAUAGUCCUAAUGCUCGGGAUUGCAAAAUCUGGGAGUGACUUUGUACUGUGUUUUAAACAGGCUAAAAAGUAACACUGACUCCCCAGUAAGUGUUUCUGUGAAACAUGAAGAAACAAUGUGAUCAAACCUGCAGGUCACAGAGAUAUUAUUUAUACUUUGUAGCUUUGAAGAAGCCAGGAACAAAUCAGAGAUGAAGAGAUGAAAUGCAUUGAAAUAUGGUUUUAAAGGCGGUCAUGUCACAUCUUUCUUAUACUCAUAGAAUUACCCAGAGGCCCCACAUGCAAUGUUAGAAAGCAUUCAAGCUUGCACUGAUUUAUUGUAGGUUUUUUUCUUUGAUUUACCAAUAAUUCUGCACUCCUCCAGGGUGGAUCCUCAAGUCUGGCUCAUAUUUUUUAUGUUUACAGUAUAUCAUAUCAUCCACUCAUUUUUCAGGGGUUACAUCUUAGCUGCUAUCAGUUACCUUGUUUUGCAGAAAUGGGUAAAAAUAUAUAACUUUAAAGAACACAAAUACAUACUUUUUUAAGAGUCAUUUGAUGGAGUUUGGAUAACCGCCUACAUACAGAUCACUUUCAAGGUUCAAAAUGACUUCCAGAUUGAUAAAACCAUGGUGAAAAGAUGACACGUCCUCCUACGACUUACACUGAGAGAUGCUUUGCUCGAUUAAUGUAAAAUACAGAUGGUUUAUGGCUGCGGUGUUUGUCUAAAGCAUGCUUGCAUGUUUUCAUGUAAAAUUUAUUCUGAAUUCGUCACCAGGAUGUGUUUCUUUGAAAUCUUUUCCUUCUCUUUUAGUUCUCUCGUUUCUCUCCUUCCUGUUCCUUUUCCAUUUCCUCUGACCUUUUCCUGUGCAGCCAUGAUUUUAACUUCCUCUCAAUGUGUGCACUUGCUUGCUUGUGUGUGUGUGUGCGUGUGUGUGUGUCCAGCUGAGUGUGAGCAUAAGAUCCACAGCCCCAGUGGGACCUUGAGCAGCCCCAACUGGCCUGACAAGUAUCCAAGCCGCAAGGAGUGCACCUGGGACAUCACAGCCACGCCAGGACACCGAGUCAAGAUAGUAAGUAUGAAAAAAGCGAGCGGCUCUCUGGGCUUGUGGAGGAUUUUUCUGUGCUUUAGCAUAGUUGGCUUCCACUCUCUUCAAAGUGAUGCAUUAUUCUAUCUGUGGGGUCAAAUCGUAUGUAAAGGCCUGAGGCGUUCCUCCCUCCCUCCCCCUUUUUUCCUCGAUGAUCUCUUUUUCUCAUGUUCCAUUUAUGAAACCCAAAUGUGUAUAGAAGGGGGGUUGCUCGUUUGUAUAUUCGGGCUAACUGCGAGCGUGUGCUCAUCCGUUUGAAAGAGGCCUUGGGCAGUGGCCAUCUGUGUCCCUGUGUCUUUCUGCAUGCAUGUGCUCAGCCUGCAUGUGCACACACACUCAUGCAUUUUGAGCACGGAAGCAUUUAUGUGUCACAGUGGAUACUUGUCUCAAUAUUUUUACAAGUUCCUACAGAUGUGUGCACAACUUUUAGGAGGUCUAAAGUUGCAGGUCUUACUUACAGAGGUACUUGUUAGAAAGGAGAUCCUCUCAAUUUAUGACAGGUUGUUGCUCAGACAGAUGGUGUUAAGGUGCUGUUUGUAGCUUUGAUGCACAUCCAGCAGCCUUUACAGAGGAUAAUUAGCACUGCAUGUAAACUCUAAAGCCGACUUAUUCCAUACAUUUGCACCACAGACGUCAAAAAUACAAGACAAGCUGCAUUUUGAGCCUAUUUGCCUGCAAGUUUUGUACCUGGAGGAUAACAGGCAACAUUUACAAAUAACAGAGUGAGGAUGAGGUCCAUCUGUUGUUGACAGUGGAAUGUUACUCUUAAAGGGAUAUUCCAGCGUAAAAUUAAUUUAGGGUCAAACACACCAUAACACAGAGUUAGACAUUCCCUCGAGAGAUGAAUGUUGCUGACCGCUUGCUUCUCUAGUUACCAACUUUAGUAACGACCGCAGAUAGCAAUACACAGUAGGCUAUGGGACCACACACAAACCUCAACCAAAACACCACUCUAUAGCCACAAAUAAUGCUCAGAACAGCACCUAACUUCAUCAACAGUACAUAUAGGGUCCCAGCCAUAGCACUAGCCACCAAACCUCUUUUUAACUUUGCCUAAUUUCUUUAGCAAAGAGACUAAACACAACUCACCUACUCUCUUCCAACAGCUGCUUGUUUGUAGCGAGAUCUCAGGCCAGUCCAUUACCAACUGCAGAGGGGGUGACACAGCUCAAGGAAGAACAUUUAUGAUCAUUAUCUCAUGUUAAUGCAAUCAGACCGAGACGCUAAGGCAGCAGAACUACCGUGUCUGCAGUGCAAAAUGAUUAAUGUGAUGAUUAUUACUUAAAGGAAAUGAUAAAGAAAUUAUCAUAAAUGUUCUUCAUGCUACAAACAUGCGGCUGCUGGAAGAGAGUAGGUGAGUUGUGUUUGGUCUCUUUGCUAAAGAAUUUGGGCAAAGUAAAAAAGAUGUUUGGUGGUUAGUGCUUUUUUUUUCUGUCUCUCCUUUUUUCUGCUUAUACGAGAAAGAGCACUGCAUUUGUCAUCAGAGCUGUAAAUCACUCACCUUUUUACUCUCUAUAACUAAUUUAAACCAAACUUUGAAAAUGAAAACUUGCACAUAAAUCAGAACAAUUACACCCAUUAAAGAAGAGCUGAAUAGCUCCUACGUUACCUGCCACUUCUACUAAACUGGCAAUGUUCGGCUGCAAGCUAAUGUGAAGACGAGUGUGCAGAGCAGCGCUGUCUCCGCCCACGACUCGAUUUGUUAAUGACCUACUGGAGCUCUGCAGAAGAAAAAGCCCUUGAAAAUGACACAGGCAACAUGAUUUUUGGUAAAAACUUCAUAGUCACAAUUCAAAGACCACUGAGAACACUUUAAGAAGUAAAAAAAAUGAUCGGAGUGGGACUUCAAGAUAUUACUUACUGCUGACAGUUAUUGGAGGGAGUUUAUGAAAGGUCUAGCCUCAUCUGAGAUAGCAGCUGUUCUGUUCACUGUUUCAUGCAGUUUUAAAAAGGAACCAUUUAAACAGUGUCCUGCACACACACACACACACACACACACACACACACACACACACACACACACACACACACACACACACACACACACACACACACACACACAAAGAUGCAAACAUUUCUGGUCUACUUACCGAAUCAAAUGCGCACUGUAUGAUUUCUUUAUAUGUGCACACACAAACACACACAGAGGACUCUGUAUAGCAUACAAACAAACUAUUGAAGUUUGGCCUCUUGUCUUGCUUCCUCACAGCAGCCUCAUCCUGGGCUCGCUGCAUGUAUAAGAAUCAUUAGCUGUCAUUAGUUUUAAUGAACGUAACAGGAAUAUACAUUAUAUCAUUAGUUAUCAUGAUGACAAACCUGUUCAGUGGUUUUUGCACCUGUUUUUAAAUGUGAGUAAAAUGCAAAAACCCACACACCAACAUGUGUCAAUAUGUUGGUGUGUGUGUGUGUGUGUGAUUUGCUGGAUCACUCUCUAUACCCACAGUAAUGACACCAGAGUGGGAUAAAUUUAUGACCAGAAAUCUGAGCAUGGACGUAGAGGUCACUCCGUCAUUGCUUCUUCUUUGUCUUUCUCACUCAGACUCACAAAUGAACUAACACACUCACACACACAGCCACACACUUAACUCUCACUGGAGGAGUAAACGUCUCCACAGAGUAAUGUCUCUCCCAAGCUGCAGGCAGAAACAUCUGGACCCUAUCACACGUCCACAAUCGAAAACCUCUCUGGGUAACGACAUCCUCACAUCGGUUUACCUUUAUGGUCUUUCGGUUUCUGUCUCUGUCUUUUUGGGUCCCUUUGGUAAAAAUGAAAGGUGGUGUGGUGUUUGCAGUGGCGUGAGAGAGGUGUGUGACUGUGUGUGGGAGAGGCCUGCAAGGUGUUAUGACUCAGCUCACGGUGACUUGAUUAGAUUAUGAAUCGUGACAGCUCAGACAUACUUGUCUUACAGGCACACAGGGGAAGGCAGGGGUUAUGCUCUGUAGUGUUGCAGAAUAUGUUGAUUUGUUCAUUUUAUGUUGGGAGUGUUUUAAUUAAUUUAAUAUCCACAGAAAAACCUAAAAAUGAUGUAAAACACUCAGAAAACCUACUAAUAUUGCAAUAAUCCUUUAACCAUCAACAUGAGGGUGAUUUUGUUGCAUUUGCAUCAGUCUAACGUUAGUUUGAUCAUUAGUUUCACUGCCGUCAUUGUGUUGUUUCUGCCAAUGGCUAGCGGAUGUUUCAACAUGAAAAACUGAAGCGCUUUGUCAUUUCUUAAAGAUGGCAUUAACGACAAACCCCACAGCCAGAUAGCUGAGGAGUUUUGAAGAUCAACAAACAGCUCAAACUUGUUUAUGUGUCGGCCAAAAAAAAUUUUUUUAACAAGAUUAUCAACGUUCAAAAGUUUCUUUCACUCCUUCACAAUCCUGUUUAAUAUUAAAGUAUCUAUCCAUGUGGGUCACCUCCACUUGUCAGCACUAAGAUUACCAAUUGGUUGAAAAGUUAUUUAUAUUUUUAUCACUGUAGGCCCAACAUGCUGGUUACAUGUAGCCAGAGAUGUAACACAGCCACCAACCACUAACCAAGUUGUCAGUGGUUAAUGUUGUUUAUAAUGCUCUACUCUCAGGAUGUAAACAAGCACAGAUGACAGGUGGUAUCAUGUGUGGCAGCACAGUUUGGAGGUAUUUUGACCAAAGUUGUGUUUAAGCCAUGUCGAGUUAACUUCAGCACAGUCCACAUUACAUAUAACAAGCUCAGGCACGUAGACAUUAACCUGCAAAGAGGAUGGUGGUGCUAGCUCUGCCGAUGUUAGACACUCUCAGCAGCCCUGUUUUACAAUUUCUGUCAUGUUAAUAAACUGUGCUCAAUGUCAACUAUUUUCUUUGUGUUUUCUAACCCUGAGACCAGUUAAUGAGUCAGAAUUAAUUUUUUUAACAACCCACAAAUCUGGACUUUUGUUUGUCAUAGUUAUCUCUUAAUUGCUUGGAAGUUAUGCCAUGAAUCGGGUUAAACAGAGUUUCAUUUUUGGACUUUUGAUUCGUGUUGGUUUUUGGUCUUCUGGUGAACAAAGCAGUACCUCUUAUAUCUUUGAUGAUUUUGUCCUGUACCAAUCUCAGAACCCAUCAACAAUCAUUUCUUAUCAUCAUCUGGAGAAAAUACUCUGCAGUACAUGCCUCUGGAGACAGACGCCAGUGUUUCAGUAUUACCAGCAUUGAGUGUUCCACUUCCAGCCAAAACUUCCUUUUCCAUGCACUGUUUAUGUCUGUUGCGUAAGCUCCUUCACUCUUGGUCUAUAUCCCUUGGAGUGAUGCCCAAUUAUCUUUUGUAAGUUGGUCUCAGUUUAGCAGUAGUAACAGUUACACAGUGAACUUGCUGUGGCUCACCAAAGCAAUAUGAGCCCAAAAAAGAUACGUUUUCCCACCAUUGACAAAAAUGUCCAGAUCUAAUUUAUGACAGGUUAAAGGGAUAUUCCGGUGUUAAAUUAAUUUAGGGUCAGUCACACCAUAACACCGAGUUAGACAUCCCCUCGAGAGAUGAAUGUUGCCGAUCGCUUGCUUCUCUAGUUAUACCAAGUUUAGUUAUGAACGCAGGAAUACAGAGAGUCACAUGCUCAACCAAAACACCACUCUAUAGCCACAAAUAAUGCUCAGAACAGCACCUAACUUCAUCAACAGUACAUAUAGCCACAAAUAAUGCCAAACCUCUUUUUAACUUUGCCUAAUUUCUUUAGCAAAGAGACUAAACACAACUCACCCUCUCUCUUCCAGCAGCCGCUUGUUUGUAGCGAGACCUUGGGCCAGUCCAUUACGGACAGCUGCGGGGUGACACAGCUCAAGGAAGAACAUUUAUGAUAAUUUCCUCAUGGAAAUGCAAUCAGACUGAGACGCUAAGGCAGAAGAACUACUGUGUCUGCAGUGCAAAAUGAUGAAUAUGAUGAUUAUUAAUUCAAGGAAAUGAUAAAGUAAAGAUCAUAAAUGUUCAUCCUUGAGCUGUGUCACCGCGCUGCGGUAAUGGACUUGCCUGAGGUCUCCGUAUAAACAAGCGGCUGCUGGAAGAGAGAAGGUAAGUUGUGUUUAGUCUCUAUGCUGAAGAAAUUAGGCAAAACUAAAAAGAUGUUUGGUGGUUAGUACUAUGUCUGGGACCCUAUAUGUACUGUUGAUGAAGUUAGGUGCUGUUCUGAGCAUUAUUUGUGGCUAUAGAGUGGCUUUUUGGUUGAUGUUUGUUUAUGGCUCCUUAGACUGCUGUGUAUUGCUAUGAUGCGGUCGUUAUUAAAGUUGGUAUAACUAGAGAAGCAAGCGGCCGGCAACAUUCAUCUCUCAAGGGGGUGUCUAACUAGGUGUUACGGUGUGUUUGACCCUAAAUUAAUAUUAUGCCAGAAUAUCCCUUUAACAACAUCACAUCAACUCUCUUUCAGCAAUCUGACUUUUUCUUUUUACAUUUCCAGACAUUCAAUGAGUUUGAGAUCGAGCAGCAUCAGGAGUGUGCCUACGACCAUCUGGAGGCCUUUGACGGGGACAGUGACACAGCAGCCAUCCUGGGUCGAUUGUGUGGCUCUAAAAUCCCAGAGCAACUUGUCUCCACUGGUAACAAGAUGUACCUGCGCUUCAUAUCUGAUGCCUCUGUGCAGAGGAAAGGCUUCCAAGCUACACACUCCACAGGUGUGUGUUGUUUACAAGUUCCUACAGAUGUGUGCACAACUUUUAGGAGGUGUAAAGUUGCAGGUCUUACUUCUGUCAGUUUAUGACAGAAAUUAAUGUUCUCAUACCUGUACUGUUUUUGUGCAACACUGAGUGGGUUUUUGAGUUUAAAAGCUUCCUUCAAAGUCAGCAGCUCAUAUUGAUCAAGGUUUAAGUGGAUUUUCAAGAGCAACAUCUCCCUCUAGUGGGUCACAACAGCACAUACAGGAUAAAACUCAUCUGACUCGACUUUGUUGACUAUUUAGGACAAAAUAAACUCAAACACACUUUAAGUGUUUCCCGGAUAAAAAGUCACUCUCUCCUCUUCCUUCCUUGCUGCAGAGUGUGGAGGUCGUCUGAAAGCAGAAGCUCGUCAGAAGAACCUCUACUCUCACGCUCAGUUUGGUGACAACAACUACCCAGGUCACACUGACUGUGAGUGGCUGCUGACGGCUGAGCAGGGCUACGGCAUCGAGCUGAGCUUCAUCACCUUUGAAGUAGAGGAAGAGGCUGACUGUGGGUAUGACUACAUUGAGCUGUACAACGGGUACGACGCCAACUCACAUCGGCUCGGUCGCUUCUGCGGUUCAGGGGUAAGACUUCUGUCAUGUGGGUUUUAGUUAUUUUCAGGGCAGCUACUUUCAUAUCGUUUUAAAUCCCUUUGUGGGUUUUUCUUUUUUGUAAUAAAAAUAGACUUUUUACCACCUUAAAACUAUGGUUUUCCCCUCAGUCCUUCAUUGCAAGUUGUUUGAUUAAACUGCCAUAAAAACUCAUCCCUAAUUUUAAUACUAUUAAAGUUGGAUUGAUAGGAACAAUCUGCCUCACAUUGCCUUAUCUUACGUAUAACUGCAAAGGAUAAGUAUUAGAGGAAAUAUUUAGAUACAUUGUGAAUCUUCCUCCUACAAAGAAUACUAGAAAAGCACUUGGAGAGCGCAGACCUCCGCCAAGCAGCUCAUGUCCCCCCUUAAACAAGAAAUGCCCUGACUGGGACUCAAACCCACAACCUUCUGGUUGUGAGGCGACAGUGACUGUGCUGCCUAUCUACACCACUGUGCCGCCCAUUUGUUAUCUUUCAGCAUUGAAAAUUCCAACGACACCCUUAUUUUUGUGUGUUCUGGAUCACAGUAUCCAGAAUUUUGUCCGGAUUACCACCAGAUCCAGAGACACACCUCUGGUAAAAAUUUCAGGUCAAUCCGUCUGUUACUUUCUCUGUAAAGUUGCUAACCGAUAAACAAACAAACCAACGCUACCGAAAACAUAACCUCCUUGGCGGAGGUAAAGAUUGGCAUGCUCUGACUACUCUGUCCUCCAGCAGUUUUAAGCAGUAAUAAAGACCUAAUAUUCUAAUUUUCACCUUUCGUCAUGUCAGUUUAGGCACAGUUUUAAGCUUCCAUGGAGGGUCUUUAUUGGUGAACAUCCCCAGAUAUCAGUAACAGUUGAGAUGCAACUCCGACCUUUGUUGACAAAGGGGUAAUCAGUGAAAACUUCCCUGUUUUCUGGUAUCUUCUUCAUCAUUCCUUCACAACCAAAAGAGCUCUCAUGAGCAACUUUCCAAGACAUAGAGACUCAACAAAGUGCAGCGUGGAGGAAGAGGCUGAGCAGUGAAAUGGACCUCCUGCUUCCUCAGUUGGCGUUCCCUUGUCAGUGAUCCCUGUCAGGACUGCACACACUGAAGCAUCAUCAGACAUUUAAAGGCAUCAGUAUUAACUUCAAUAAUUUCAUAACCAGCAAAUUGAAAAAACACACACACAGGGGCAUUAAAACAAAAGUCACGCCCGAGUGUUAAACAAAUGAAAAAGUGUGAUUAUGUCCUUACCAAUAAUGUUUUAAGUUUAGAUUCUUUAUAAACUUGUAUACCUGGUUGUAAGAUAGGACAAGAUACAUUUUUAUUCAACUCUAGGUAAAUUGUUGUACAGCAGUAAACCGAUUAAAAAUAUUUAAUAACAGUUAUCUAAAGUCCACAAAAUCACAAAAGUUCAUUACUUGAUGGCAAUAAGUAGGAGAAACAAAACAUUCACUGUUAUAUAACAUGUGUAGUCUUUUUGUUCAAAAAGCUAAAUUAUGCAGUGAUAGAAACUUGUCUGAAAAUAAUCUCCUCAUGUCCCCUGUCUUCUCUUCUUCAGCCCAGAGAGGGGAUCUACUCACCCGGAGGAGCCAUGCUGAUCCGUUUUCACAGCGAUGACACCAUCAGCAAGAAGGGCUUCCACAUCCGCUACAUAAGCACUAAGUUCCAGGAGAGCCUUCACACACGGAAAUGACCUCAGAUGACCUCUGACCUCUGCGCAGCCCCGCCCACUGUUACCCUGACCUUCACCAUUGCGAUGAGGAAAGUACAGCCUGUUCCCUCUUCUUUGGACUCUGCAGGCAGAUGUGGAUGCUGGCCAGCUUUGAGAGGAAGACGACACUUGAAACUUGAACAUUUAUCUCUUUCUGUGGCUCUGUGUCUCACUGUGAGAUGGAAGAGGAAAAACAACAAUAUUUUAAAAUAAGAGCUUGGACAGAUGAGGGGAAAUUCGCCGAGGAAUGAGCGCAGAAGAUUGAUUACAGGAUAUCAAGAUACCCUCAGUGUUACAGAAGGAGGGUUAAAGAACAUGCAAAUCGGUAAAUUGUGAUACUAACGGAUCAGAAAUGCAAAGAGCACGAACAUCCACAUAAAUAAACUUAAGUGAUAUUCAUGGUUAUAAACAGUGGAUGUUUGAGGAACUAAGGCUUCAAAAUAAAAGAAAAUGCCUCCAGAAAAUGGGAGUCUCUCUGGCUCCUUGAUUCUUGACCUGUGCGACUUACUGUGACCGGAUGGCUGCUCAUACCUACAGAAACUACAGACUUUUUUAUUGCCUUUGAUUCCUGGGAACUGGUCUGUUCAACCCAGCUCAGAACGGCUGCAGAUGAUAUUAUUUCAUGUCUUAUGUAAAAAAAAAAAAAGUGUUUACUGUUUGUUUGUGUGACUGUGUACAGAGAAGAGAACAAAAAACUAAAGGCUGAGGGCCGUCCUGUUGCUCUUUUUUGCUCAAAGCUUAUACUGAUGACCAUCAUGUAUGGAAAAUGAAAAAAAAUGUACAAAUGAUCUGUGAUGCUAAUGUUAAGCCUUGCAUUCUGUGUGUUUUUUGAGUAUGAAGACCAUCUUCUACCAAAUGAAGCAACUUUUUAUGGAUGUUUCCAGCUCUCACCUGAACCUCUCGACACCCAGACUUUUGUUCUUUUUUUUUCCGAGUGGAUAUCAGAAAGGGAAUAUUUUCACAGCUGUCUCUCAGAGUGACACGAUUCUGAUUGAAGGAGAGAUUCCCAUGGUGCUAAAAAUAAAAACUACACUGACUGAGACGACUGCCGAUGGAAGGAAAGACUUUGAAUUGGAGACGCAGUCGGCGUGCAAACACCACAGUGCAUCAACAGCACUAGUCCUGUGGAAAUACAAUAUUGCCUUAGAACCAAAAUGUAUGCUAUUAGAGGUUGUUUUUCGAGGUUUAUCUGGCGGCGUGUUUCAAUUUAUUUGGAUUCUUGAAUGGUCUUAUUGUGAAAAAAAAAACAUGGGAAAUGUAGUCUGUGUGUGAGAUAGAGUGUCAAUGGUGCAUGCGUGUUUGUGUGUCAUUUUCGUAGCUGCUCUCAGAGAUGCAUUAAGGCAUACAUGCUUAAACAUCCACAGAAACACACCUCAUUUGUGUUCAUUUUACCUUGAACAUGCACUUCGAUCUCUCUAUGUUUUUUGGAGAAAGGAGUAAAGAAAGAUGCUGUCAAAUGAUGGUCAAACGAGGUGCAUGCAGGAUGCAUCAUUUCUGUGUUCAAUGCAAACAUGUACAUGUGUGUUUUAGGGGAUUAUAGAGAAACAAUGUAUGUGUGGCUGUGAACUGGAUGUUUUUUAAGUUGAAUCUUUCAUUACUGUACGUGCCAAUCUCCAGGUGACCCUGAUCCACUGUAGCUUUUGUUUUAUCAUUCCACCUCAGUGUCUGUAGCUCAAGAGACACUGACAAGACGUCCUCUGCAUCAGUCAUUAAAAUACACACAGGUUAAAAAUGUG